CCACCAUGCCGGCGAAGCCCGGGCUGCCGCCGACUGCGCCCCGGUGGCUGUGCGGCUGGACUCCGGCGCCGCUCCGAAUUUGCGCUGGCCGGAUCUGGCGGAGAAGGCGGUGCAGGGCCGCUCCCUCCCCCGGGCUGCUGAGCCGCGGGGCCCGGCGGCGCCGCGCCUCGCUCCACCUUUGCAACGCCCCGCCCGCCUGGCGCAGCCAAGCAGGUACCGGGGCGCCGCCGCCGCCGCCGCUGUCCAUGUGCCCCGGGCGCGCCGGAGGAGAAGGCCCCCGCCGCCCCCAGCAUGACCAACCUCGACCCGCUGCUCCGCACGGGCAGCCAGAGAGGAAGGCGAAACGUAAGGAGCCCCGCCGCGCGGCCCCGGGCUGGCUGGUCCGGGCUGCGGAGCCCGGCGCGCACAGCUGCGCUCCACGUGGCUUUUCCGCGGCUCCCACCCGCGCGAAAGGCGGUUUGGGCCGAGGGCGCUUGCAUUUCCCGGGGCGGGAAGGCGGGAGGGGGCGCGGAAGAGACGCUCUUCAGAUGGGGGGCAGGUGGCGAGAGCGCGGCUGCCCUCUCUCUGGUCUACAGGAUACUGGAAAGGGCGCUUUGCACCAGCUCAGAGGCCAGCGUCACAACCUGCGGCUGCGCGCGCGCGUUUCAGUGGGGAGAUUCUUGCACAGAAUAAUCCCCCGAGACAGAAGAGCAGGCGCGAUCCCUUGGGGACUCGUCCUGCGCCAGCCCGGCUCUUGGGGGGGGGGGGGGGAGGGGGGCUGGCACAGGGCUCCAAGCAACAUUCAGAGGGGCAGCGGGACUUGCACCAGAGCCCUGCAGACGCGGACUUCUGCUUUGGCGCAACAGCUGUUGGAUAGCAGAGCUAAAAAUACUGCCCGCCCAGGGUCCUGUCGCCCAAGGAGAAGAACUGUAUCGGAAUGAGCUGGCUGGUUAUUAUUAGCCCUCUCUGCGAAGGGGCAGAAAGAGAGGAAGUGUAAACAGAGCAGGCAGAGAAAGUUCUCUGCUCUCUUCUUCCCUCCCACCAGUUUUAAUCUCUACCUGUGAGCUCCACUAAGCCCUUGACUUAACCCUUUAGCUGUCAUUCCCGGCUGAAAAGAAGCCUCAGUGCUUGUGAACGAGCUGCAGUUAAGCACAUCCCUCCGGGAUUAUGCUCGCUUCUCCCAGUGCCAGCCUCAAGAAGAGCCCAGUUGGCUUCCCCAGACCAGGGCCAACGCUGAACAUUGUAAAAUUGGGGGUGGGGAGGAAUUUGUACAGUGGUACCUCGGGUUAAGUACUUAAUUCAUUCCAGAGGUCCGUUCUUAACCUGAAACUGUUCUGAACCUGAAGCGCCACUUUAGCUAAUGGGGCCUCCUGCUGCUGCUGCUGCGCCGCCACUGCACGAUUUCUGUUCUCAUCCUGAAGCAAAGAUCUUAACCCGAGGUACUUUUUCUGGGUUAGCGGAGUCUGUAAUCUGAAGUGUAUGUAACCCGAGGUACCACUGUAUUUUGCUUGUCUUGCCUUAAAGUGUGCCUUUACUGGUCUUUAUGUCUUUAUCAACAUAGUAUGCAUGAACAGGAACAGUACCAUACAUCUACCCCUGCAGAAUUUUGACAAUUACUGGUGUAACAUGUGCACACACCAUACAUUUAAAGCACAUUCUUCCACCCAAGAAUCCUGGGAACUAUUGUUUGUCUCCCACAGAGCUGCAGUUCCAGAGCUGCAGUUUAGCAAACUACAGUUCCCAGAAUUUUAUUGGGGGGGGUAUUCUUUAAAUCCGGAGUGCAUAUAUGUAAUCAGCGGUUAAAGGAAUAAGCUAGGAAGUUCUCCCUUCAAAUCAUGAUGAGGAUGAGCCUUAAACUUUCCAGCUGCCUUGUACACACACCCGUCCUCUGAGCCACACUCCCUGUUUUACAUGCAGGGCCACAGCUGUGGGGAGGGCUCAGGGAGAUUCCAGGUAUCUUCCCCAAAUUUUCAGUUUAUUUUUAAAAUAAAAGCCCCUUUAUAUGUGCAGAUUGUAUUGUGAAUGAACCUGCAGUGCCUGGGCAACGAGGGCAAAGAAACUGCAAUAAUUGAUAAGCAUUGGGCCCUUAUUUUUAAUUUUCAGAAAAUAGCAUGUUACUUUAACUGAAUUUAAUUAGAUCACUUUAAACCUUGGUUCUUCUGCUCUGGUUCUUCCAAGCAGUAGCGGGCAGCCUGGUGGGCUGGCCGUGCUCACUUGACCUUUGGUCAGUCAUGUUUCUGGUGCUUGCCAGAAGGUAGAAGGGGUGGGGAGGGAGGUCAUCACAGCGCACCUCCCACCGCCUUGCCGCAUCCCCCUCUCAUCCAGGAUAAGGUCAAGUGAGAGCUGGCAUCUCACCACACCAUCUGCUCCUGUUCCAAGUUCUUGAGUCCUUUCUCUGAGUCCCCCCACUCAACGCCUUGACUUUUGAUGUCCCACAGAGAUCAUUGUUGUCUCCCAUCGAUGUGAAUGUGCUGGGAGAGAUUGAACAGCACUUUUAGAGUGCAUUGUUAUCAAUAUGUGGGUGGCAUGCAGAUUUCUCCUUUCUAUAAUGUGGUAACUCCGAAAAUUCCGUUAUCUGAGUGGCGAAGAGGACCUCCCCAGGAACAGGGGUUCAGAUUGUUUUGAAUUGCAUAGCUCUUCCCUUUAAAACAACAACAACACAGAUUUGUAGUUUGGGGUCCUUCUGGCUCUUGUUUUUGCUAUGUCCUGUUCAAAGUGGCUAUAGCCAGAGUGGUAUCUGACCAGCUUCAGGUGGUGCACCAACUAUUCCUGUUCCUUGAGAGGUCUGGCCUAGCCACGGUGGCACAUGUCUCAGUCACAUAUGUUGUCAGAACAGAACAUAAAAAAUGGCAGCAUGCUGAUCAAAACAAAGUUUUGUGCCCUGUUUAAGCGGCAGAGUACUUUUCUGAUUAAAAUAAAGGAUAUUGUCAAUCACAAGUACUGUUUAAUUGGAACCUCUGCAUCUUUUGAAGAAUGUGGAGUAGUGAGUUUCGCCUUGCAACAAUCCUUCAAGGUUUGUUAAAUUUUGUCUGUGCCAUGGAAAUACUGGCCCGUCUUAAGGUAUCAAUCUCAUCCUCCAUCUGCCUUCUAUUUAUUUAUUUGUAUGUAUGUAUAUCAUGCAUUUGAACACCCAGUGUUGGUGCUUUGCUAACAAACUAUGACAGGCUAUUAUUAGCACAAAAUCUGGACUUUAGGCUUGGUGAAACACCGUAUGCUGAGUUCAUGGUUACCAGCAAUCAGAUACAUUACCUAUGGACUUUUCAUAACUCUGCUCUGUUGUCACUUUAAUCAAAUCCAUCACCAUGACAAUAGGUCGGCCCAAAUGAUCUGCAAUGGACAGGUGCCAGGAAACUGGUGAAAGCUGAGCUGUUACAUAGCUAAAGUGAAGAUGAGAGAAGGAACCGCCACAGUUUUAGCUGCUCUCUGGAAAUGGCUGCUUGAAAAACACUUCUACGAAAAUCUGUAUGAGACGACAAAGCACAGUCAAAAUCUCAUUUCUAAUCUGAAACUCUCAGGGAGUCUGCUCUAAUGCCGACAGUGGAUUAGAGCAAACAAAUUGGUGUGGGCAUGUUUCUAGGCUGUCUAGCUACUCAUUAAGAGAAAGUUACACAUUUUAAAAUAGCAUUUAAGACGUUUUUUAUCCUGCCCUUCAGCCAACUGGUUCCCAUGGUGCUUUAUGACACAACCUUACGAGACAGUUCAAAAGUGGUUGUGUUUCUUUAAUAGUUUAAUAAAAGCUUACUUUGACAACCACAGAAGCUUGUGGGACUGCGGAAAGGUUCUGAGGGCAUUUUGCCAAUACUCUUAUGGAAAAUGGCAGGGCCAGGUUGGGAUUUGCAAGUUUUGAAGAAAUUUCCAAGAGCAUGUUGAUCAAAAGUUGCUAAUGUGUUCCUUAAAAUAAUACAUACCCAGAAGUCGUAAGCUUGGAUCAGGACAUGAGUCGGGUCUUGUUUAUUAAUGUGUGGGGACCAAUUAAUGAGUGAAAUGGUUAGUUUAGGACAUGUCUUUGAAGCUGAUUUGGGUCAGCUAUAUUACUGUGACAGGAAGUGGAAAUGAAUGCAGAUUUAUUUAAAUGCAUUUACUUGUUUGUUUGUUUGAUUGAUUUCUCAGUUUAAAGGCUGAUCAAUGAGCAACAUCCCUACAUAAUAUGCUUGUGCAAACAUUUUGAAGAAGAUAUUUUCAGUACCUGCUACGCCAGAAUAUUUUAGUUAACUGGAAGAAUUUAUGUUUAUGAUGUCUUUUGAUUAUGAAAGACGAUAUAAUAAUGUUUUAAAUACAGAUGCUUAUUCUAAAAUUAUUAUUUCUUAUUGUACUAGUUAUAGCUCAUAUAGAAUUUGGUAGGGUAUUCCCUGCCCCCCAUCUUUAUUUCUACAAACAGUGCUCAAAAGAUAUGGUACUUGUUCCAAAGGAUGGAUUUUAAAGCAUCCUUUGUUGUAAAAACUGUAAACCAUAUUUUUAUUAAAAGCCAUUUGUGAUUUGCCCUCACAUGGGCUCCUCUUUUUCCUUUGAAAAGAGUCAAUGGGGCAACUCAAUUAGAUGGGGCGGCAUAUAAAUAAAUAAUAAUGAUUAUUAUUAUUGAUUGAUUUAGAAUAUCUCAACCGUUUCCAUUUUUCUUUUUUCAUGUUAGGACUGGUCUGCUAGUCUCAUUGUUGCUUCUUUGGCUGGAGCCUUUGGGUCCUCCUUCCUGUACGGCUACAACCUUUCAGUAGUGAAUGCUCCAACCGUGGUGAGUGAAUAAAAGUUCUCAAACCUCUAAGUCCAGGUUGGCCCAGUUUGGUGCAAUCUCUCUUGUUACAUAUGGGAUUGUUAGUUUGAUGGAGAAACAGAAUCAUACUUUAUCAACCACCAGCCACUGCAAUUUAUAUACAUAGCACAUCAAACUUUGAAAGUUACCAAGUUAACCAUUAUACAAAUUUGAGUCUUAAGUGCCAUAGUGACCCUUAAUUUCACGUCAGCUGCUGAAAAAAUUGUGGACUUGAUUGUCACCUCAUUGUUUCAGCCUGCAAGGGAGAAAAGCCACGUCAAAAUCAGCUAAAUGCCCCAGUGAGAUGAUUAUAGUGGAGUAAUUAGCUCUUUCCACAAAUAUCUGUAAAAUGAGUUGAAAUAGCAAAUACAUCACUUCUUGGACUUUUGACAAAGAACAAGCAUAGUUUUAUGAUUAAUUUAUCCUCGCUUACUUUGCAUCAUACCAAAUAUCUUCUAAUAUUCAAAACUAAAUAAACUGCUAACCUUGUUGUAGCCAUUCAUUCAUUUUUAUUUUUGUAAUUAAAAGGAACCAUGCCCUAAGUCCAGUAGAGGGCAAUAUAACCACAACAUUUCACAUGUAUAAAAACAUUGUAGUACAGUAGAAGCUCAGUUGUCAAACCUAAUCUGUUCCAGAAGACCGUUCAACUUCCAAAACAUUCAACAACCGAGGCUCAAUGGAUGGUUGACAAAAUCAAUUGGAAAAAAUGGAGAAACGCACCUCGGGAGCCAUUCAACUUCUGAGGCACGUUUAAAAAUGGAAACAUUCACUUCUGUGUUGUCAGCAUUCGAAAGCAGAAACGUUUGACUUCCGAAGCGUUCGACAACCUAGGUUCCACUGUAUGUUUAUUUCUCGUAUUUCUUACUUCCCAGGACAAGUUACAUGAACUAAAAUACAAUCAAAAAGUAAAGCAUAAUCAAACUAUAAGACAAGAACAAUAUUUGUCACCAUCAUCAUUAUAUUUGUACCCCCACCCAUCUGACUGGUUUGCCCCAGCUACUCUGAGUGGCUUCGAACACAUAUAAAAACACAAUGAAACAUCAAACAUUACAAACUUCCCUAUACAGGGCUGCCUUCAGAAAGUCGUAGAAUUGUUUCCCUCUUUGACAUCUGAUGGGAGGGUGUUCCACAGGGCAGGUGCCACUACCAAGAAGGCCCUCUGCCGCAUUCCCUGUAGCUUCACUUCUCACAGUGAGGGAACCACCAGAAGGCCCUUGGAGCUGGAUCUCAGUACAGUCAUACCUCAAGUUGAAGUUGCUUCAGGUUGAGCGAUUUCAGGUUGUGCUCCGCAGUGACCCGUAAGUAACGGAAUGCAUUACUUCUGGGUUUCGCCACCCGCGCGUGCGCAGAUGGUCAAAAUGACAUCACGUGGAAGCGGCGAAUCGCAGCACGCGCAGACGCGGGUUGCGUUUACUUCAGGAUGCAAACGGGGCUCUGGAACAGAUCCCGUUUGUAUCCAGAGGUACCACUGUAUCUGGACUAAGUGAUGGGGGUUUAAACAGGGCUGAGGCCAGAAAUAUAUUUUGAGCCAAUGUAGAUGCUUUAGGUCUGUUGAUAUAUGGUCCCAGUGACCACUGCCAGUCAGCAGUGUAGCUGCCACAUUCUGCAUUAAUUGUAGUUUGCCAACAAAGGGACAUGGCAAAGCGAUGGUAUCAGCAAUAUACAAAAUACUACUCCAAAACCCCACGAACCCCCUAGACGCAAUCAAAAAAACAAUGGGAGGACAACAUAGGCUAUGAGAUUAACCCCACCCAGUGGACCUGAAUAUGGUCUAAACCCCCCUUUACAUCCAUAUCAACAAAAAGGAAAGAACUCACCACACAUGUGGUGGGAGUGCCCCAAAAUUCUGGACAACAGCCAUACAAAAAUAUGUAAAAUAACUAAGCAAGUACUAGAAAUCACCCCAGAAUUGGCCCUACUAAACAUCUUCCAAGACAAUAAUGCCCAUUUACAUCACAAAGAACUCAUAACCCACCUACUCUCAGCAGCCAGAAACAUCAUAACCAGACACUGGAGAGACCUGUCAGGAGAAAGCAUGGAUCAAUGGUACCAAACAGUAUGGGAAACAGCCUUACUAGAAAAAUUAACCAAUAAACUGAAACUGACACGGGGACAAAUAGAAGAAGACGCCUUCACCCCGGUAUGGCUCCCCUUUAUCACAUACACAGCCCAACAGGACAAUGACAAUAAUCCACCAACAGCAUACAAAUCAAUAUGGCUAAGCUGAUCCAAAACACCCACCCAUCCCACUCACACACGAAAACAAAGACCACCACAACCAACCACAAAUAAACAACCACACCCCAGGCCAACCCCAAAGUCUCUCACCACCAAAGGAACACAAGUGAACAGCAGAGAACCUGCACAAGCAACGCUGACACCAAACCCCACACAUAUAUUAAGUAAAACAGAAACAUUGCCACCCAACCCCAUAUGCACUCUUCUUCCUUCUCUUUCCCCCACAUAUUUUCAUGGCACCAUUAGAUUGCUACUAUACUCUGAUUAAACUUAUUUUCCAUGUCUAGCUAAAAAUGGGUUUCGGCAAUCGGCCUCGCUUGUCUUGCCCUGCUAUCAGCUCUAUCAGCCAUGCAAGUGGUUUGCUGUGAGUACGUAGAUUCUUUUUAAGGAGGAGGAAAUCCCUGGCAGGGCAGAUGCCAUUGCCCUUGUAAAAAGGUGGUUUUCCUAGGGUGAGGCUCAUCCAUUGCACUUGCAGGUAUGCUGACCCCUACGAUUUCCCCCAUCAUGGGAGAGUCAGCUGCAUAAUUUCUUCCUUUAAAGGAGAAGAAGAUAAACUUCUAGGUCUGGUGUUGGUGUUUCUCUGCAGUCACAGAAGCAGGCACCAGUGGCUCUGCCGUGAGUUGUUUUUGGUGGUGAAGCUGUUGGCAGAUUGUGACAGUGGCUCAUAGGCAGCAGAAUAGUACAUCAUGUGCUUUUGGCAGAGGGUGGGACUGUCAUUCCCUCAGAACAGACUCCCCCCCCCCCCAUCAAUAAAGGAAAAGCCAACCUUUACUGACUAACACAACUAACAACUCAGUCUUGGACACUCCUGAGUACAAAGAGACUUCCAGGUCAAUCCACACAGAAAGGAGAGAAAGUUGUACCCCAGAAUGAAGAACAGAACAGUGGGGAGGGGAGGGCUGAAUUUGGGUGGAAGGGGGGGCAUAGGCACAGAAGAGGAGUUAAAAGACAGGGGAGAAUGAGAUAACCCAGAACCCAUGAUACAUUGCAAAUACAGCGGUGCAAAGGCAUGUAAUGGAUUUAGAAACCCUUUUUGUGUUACUAUUGUGUAGUGGAAAAGCAGAUUUUAGUUUCACAUAAGUUGACUUGUCACAGUAGAAAUGUGAAUAUGUUUCCAUGGGAAAAGAUGAAGACACAAACGACCUACAAAGCAAUUUGUGAGAUGGAUUAUCCCAUAGUUACUGGCUCAUCCAGGAGCUCCAAGAUUGCUUCUAUGCCUGGGAGACACCCCACUCCCCCAAAAAAAUUAGUGGGCAAAAAAUGUCCUUUGACACAUCCUUCUAACAAGUGCCUAAUAGAUGUUGUUCUCAAACUUGCAGCUACGGAAGCUGAUUUAGCAGAUCUUAUUGCUGCAAAAUGCACUUGUUCUGGAAGCCUCAGUAGUUCCACGGCUACCAGGAAGCAAAUGGAGAAUUGAUAGAAGAGUUCGCUCUGCUUUGGGCCUCAUAUUCUCACCCUCAUUGCUCCUGUGGCAGAGUCUGUCGCUUUGGGGAGUUCUAGUUAACAUCAACGAUGCUCAGUUGGAUGUAUGGAAUGACCUCACUUCCUGUAUGUCCCUUUCUGCCCUUUCUAUGGAUUUCAUACCCCUUGGCUCUCUGCAGUCCACCAGGCUUCACUUAAUGCUUACUCUAUGCUCUCCUUUAAAAACAAUUAUUCAGCUCUCCCGUCUUGGCUCAGAUGCUUGUUUGCUUUAUUAUUUACUUACUCAUUUUUAUCCUGCCCUUUGCCUAUCAAAACCAUUGGGUGGUUUCCACUUCCAUAAAAUAUAGCACCUUGUAAAAUACAACAAUAAAAUGGGAGGCCAUCGUUGAAACGGCAGUGACUCCCAGGCUUCUAGCAUUCGCAUAGAAACACCUGGAAGUGGAGUCCCUCUCCCAAUGUCUAGCUGACAAAUGCCUUUUCCUCUGUGGUUUUGGCUUCUUUGACUGGCUGUUGUGUUCUGCUAUGGUUUAUUUUUACUCCAUCCUCAUUUAAGCAAUUAAAACACUUUCACCCUCAGACCCUGGGAGCCAAACGGGAUGUUCCCAAGCUUGUUGGCUUUCUCUCAGAGGUCAGUUUAACAGCUGCUCUGCAACCUUUUCCAUAAGUACCAGCAGUCUGGCUCCAUUCUCCGUUGCUGGCUCUGAACAUCAAGAAAAGGUUGUGGAGCAACUUUUAAACUCACCCCUGGGGGAAUGCGGGCAGAAGCUGGCGAACAUCUGGUUUGGGAGGAAUCUUCCCUAGGAAAUGUAGCCUGCUGUUGGGAAACAAAUUGAGAGCAUAUGGGUUUUCAGAUGGAAAUCAGUCAGUCUAGCAUUGCAUCACAGCAGUUAAAGCUUAGCACAUACCUGCCAGAAGCAGUGUGCCAGGUUCUGCGUGCCCAGCUGUUUCUGAUAGUAGCACAUAGUAUGGUUUGCUAUUAUUCAGCUGGAAUGCUGGAAUUAGUCAUGGUGCAGUUGUGUUUAUCUCGCACCUUUGACCCCAUUACUUGCACUUUGCUUGCUGGUGAAAUCCAUUACAUGCUUCAACAGUUUAUCCAGUAAACAUUGGCAGUAGUACAUUCAGCAGGUGAUAUCUUCGGCCUCUCUUCUGUAGAAUUGUGGCAGGUUAGGAGGCUGUAAGAAACAGGUACUUUUACUGUACAGGACUUUUAUCAUGCUACCAACAGCAGCACCAUUCCCUCCGGUAGCAACUUGAGGGGAUGAGUGCUUUUCUGUCUGGAAGUGAAAUGCGGGCACCCAAAAGUAUUUGUUCAAGCCGCUCCCAAGAGCAGCCUUUGCCAACCUGUUUUUUUGGACUAUAACUCCUGUCAGCCCCAGGCAGUUGCAGGUAAUUACAUAACCCCUAUCAGCACAUUCCGGGUGUUAUUUUGGAACAAUUUUAAGAAUAUAACCUUCAAGCAGCGGGAAUGAUACAAUCAGCAUCGCUCUUAGGGGACAGAAGUUUCAAACAUCAGCAGCUCAUAAAAGUCAUGAUUUGUUCAGUAUGGAGCUUGUGAGUUUCAUGAAAUACCACAAAAUAGCAAAUAGCACCAUUAUUGCUCAAGGAUCAGCCUUCAGAAACUGCUUCCAUUAAACGUUGUAGAAAAAAGCACAAUCUCAAUACAGUUAAUAAGAGCUGGCAAAAUGUCAGUCAUCAGAACACACGUAGUGUCCAUGUUCAUUAGUGUCUCCAGACUUUUCAUUUGGCAGGAUUCUUGGUCAUGUGGAAAGAGCCCUCCAUCUAUGCCCUGUGCUCAUUCAUUGUGUGCACCAAUAUUAGUUUGUAUUAAAUUAGGGUUUUAGUUGUUGUUUUUAAGGACACAAAAUAUAACUUGAAAUUUUUUAAAACGCAAGUAUCAGUUUAAAUAAACCUGACUUAAAAUUUUAAAUGGUAGAUUUCAAAUGAUAUUAAUCUGUACUGAACAUCAUGGUUCUAAUCACUUUAAAUGUUGUUGUUUGUAGUUUGUAAAGAAGUUUUACAAUGAAACUUGGGAAAGAAGAUAUAACCAGUCCAUCCCAGAAGAAACGGUUACCCUGCUCUGGACUAUAUCUGUUUCUAUUUUUGCCAUUGGUGGGCUUGUGGGGGCUUUAAUUGUUACUCCAGCUGUCAAGUAUUUUGGCCGGUAAGCAAAUAAAUGUGUCUUGUGAUUUCCUUUCCUUUCCUUUUCUUUUCUUUUGUAAUAUGAUGACUCAAAAGCAAGAAAAACAAAUGCUUUUCUCUACUUUGCACUUCUUUUUACUUCUAUAUGCAAGACUCUUGCCUUUAAAAAUGUAAUCUAGGUACUUCCCAAGAUCAAAUAGUUAUGGUUACAUUGACACCAAGUAAUAACUUAUAUGAAGAAAUGAAUGAGGUUUUUAAAAAAUCGAAAUAGAAGGGUUCCCCCUCCUAUAUGGUCAUGCUGCUUCUUUGAUAUUUGGUCUUAUUAAUGAGCUAAUUUUUAUUAAAAAGCAGAGACAUCACCUUGCCAACAAAGGUCCGUAUAGUUAAAGCCAUGGUUUUCCCAGUAGUGAUGUAUGGAAGUGAGAGCUGGACCAUAAAGAAGGCUGAUCGCCGAAGAAUUGAUGCUUUUGAAUUAUGGUGCUGAGGGAGACUCUUGAGAGUCCCAUGGACUGCAAGAAGAUCAAACGCAUCCAUUCUUAAGGAAAUUAGCCCUGAGUGCUCACUGGAAGGACAGAUCCUGAAGCUGAGGCUCCAAGACUUUGGCCACCUUAUGAGAAGAGAAGACUCCCUGGAAAAGACCCUGAUGUUGGGAAAGAUUGAGGGCACAAGAAGGGGACAACAGAGGAUGAGAUGGUUGGACAGUGUUCUCGAAGCUACAAACAUGAGUUUGACCAAACUGCGGGAGGCAGUGGAAGACAGGAGUGCCUGGCGUGCUCUGGUUCAUGGGGUCACGAAGAGUCAGACACGACUAAACGACUAAACAACAACAACAAUUUUUAUCAUUUAAAUGUUACCAAUAACGCAAAAGUGGAAAGCUGCAUGUUUUGUGCUGUAUCUUUCAUGCUGCACUGAACAUUGUCAUAUUGUGUAUGUCUGUGAGAAGAUGCUCAGUUGACCACUUCCCUAUUGGAACAUCAGAAAAUCACCUUUAAAAAUGUGUCAUCGGAAUAUAUGCAGCUGCCUUCAGCUGAAUCAGAGAGACUUGAUCUAGUUUAACAAAGUUUAUCUGCCCCACUGUGUCUGGAGAUGCCAGGAUUGAACCUUCUGAAUGCAAAGCAUGUGAUCUGCAUCCCCUGUUCAGAUAGCGAGUGAGGCCAUUUCACACAUUAUGCAACAACAAACCUGGAUUAGCCACUUAAAUCAACAGGGAACAGUAGCCAGUAAGGUUUCUCUGAUGGAUGCACCCUCAUAGCAUCGGGGUUUCCAAACGCCUAGAUGAGUCGUAGUGAGAGAUUUUCUAUCCAGGUCUUUUCUUGACAGCAUUUCCAGUUCAAUAUCCAACAUAGUGGUGAGCCUGUCAGACAACACGGUGACAAAUUGUGCACAUAGUGAUAAAUGAAGAAGAGUUGUUUCCAAGAAACUGUCUAGAUCUAAAACCAUACAUCCUACGUCCUCAAUCUGGUACUGAAGUACUCAUAUCUUUGUAGUCAGUCGUGGGCAGAAGGUACACUGGAAUCUACAGGUGAUUUUGAAGAAGAUUAGCAAGGAUUUCUGACCCCCAAUUGAUCUGUCUGUGACUGAUGGCUGGCUGCACCUUUCCAUCUAAGUUAAUAAACAUGCACAUUGGAGUAUGUUCACAAAGGGCCAAACCGUACUUUAUGUUAUGUACUUUGUUAGCCACAUAACGGUAUCUUUGAAGUGCAUGGGUUUUUUCAGCCGUUUUCGUGCCUGUGUUUGGAUAGUUCCUGGAGGUCGUAGGUGCAGCUGCCUUGCAUUUAAGAACCAGCUGUGUCUUUAAAGGCACAACGAUGCACUACAGAAACAUGGGGCUGCCACCCAAAAUGGCUGUCCUGUGUUGAGCUUGCCCACGAUCUCUUGAGUCCACCAUUACCUCAUCCAGAUAUCCUUGUGCCAUGUGUUUUCUCCUCCCAUGCCAGCAGAUGCCGGUGAUGGCAGUGUGGAGAAAUACACUGACUGAUGUCAUAAGACUUGUUCUGGGUGCAGCAGAUGUUCCAGAGGGCGAGGGAAGGACCGGGCAUAAGGCCACCAUUUUGCCAAGUGACUGGUGUUUCUUGCAGCAUGUAGUUUCACCCUUGCUAUGCCCUUGUCCAUUGAUUCAGUGAAGAAUGCCUGUUUAGUGCAUCUUUGGUAUGUUGCAUAAAGCAUGCCACCUUUGACUUCUGUCGUGUUUGCAAUUGCUACUGAAGUAUUUUGAUCACAAAUGUGGUUGACUGUGUAUGUGAAAAGCUGCUGUUUAUCUGAUGCUGCAAACAUGUAAUGUUGUUUUCUCUUAGGAAGCGUACACUGCUGCUAAAUAAUGUGUUUGCCAUUGUGGCUGCCUUGCUGAUGGCAUUCUCUCAACUGGCAGGAGUCCUCGAAAUGAUUAUUCUGGGCCGAUUCAUAAUGGGCAUUGAUGCAGGUAUGGUUUUGUAUUUGUUGCAUUUGCAUGCCAAGUAUAUUCUGAGCAAUCCCUGUUACCCCAGAGCCUGAUAUUUCAGUUGAACUUGCCGAGAUCGAAGAAGGGUCAGAGACCCCAAAUGCUUAAAAACAGAAUGUAUCUGCAAGAGCCAGGCUGUGGGAUGUGUUUUCUUGGCAGAGGAUAUAUCAAUCACCAGAACAUUGUAAUCCUUCUCAAAACAGAGUAGGUUAGCUGAUUUCUCUGCUUAUCCCUUGCGUGGGAAAGGGGAUUUCCUGAUCUCAAGAAGUACCUCAUAACAUUAUAUCCAGGGCAUUGCAAUCUUUUUGUGAACAUUCUGCAAAGACCUAAAGUGCUCUGACGAAUGAGCACUUCCAGGAGAACUGAGAAAAAAGUGUUCUGCAAAUUAUGGCCUGGUUACAGCAGAGUAUACAACAGAGUAUGCAAAGGUGUGCCUCCAUGACUAAAUUUGAAUAGUGGCUUCUUACACUUUCUAAAAAUAUCGGAAAGUUUUCUAAUUUUGCUUAUAUAGUUCUUUAGGAACACAUGGGUUACUUUGCAGGUAAAUGCUUCUGCAUAUGAAUAAAAAAUAGUGGAAAAAAUCAUAUUAAGUACUGCUAAAAAUAUAUAACGUGCUUCAUAUCUUCCUACUUACCUAUAUGAAGAUAGUAGCUUUAACAAUGUUUGAUAAUAUUUUAGAUUUUAAACUUCUUUUACCGAAAAGCUGUCUUUUAUCUCUUCCCCCUUUCACAGGUGUAUCUCUGAGUGCCCUCCCUAUGUAUUUGAGUGAAAUUUCACCCAAACAGAUCCGUGGUUCGUUAGGACAAAUUACAGCAAUCCUCAUCUGCGUCGGUGUCUUCAGUGGACAAGUUUUAGGACUACCUGAGAUAUUUGGAAAGGUCUGUAAUAUUCUGAAUUGCACUUUUACUGUCAUAAUGAAGCUGAGUUAGAAUCCUAGAAUUGUACAGUUGGAAGCGCAGCUGGGAGUCAUCUGGUCCCAACCCCUUUGCAAUGCAGGAAUCCCAGGGCACGCUCAGCUCAGGGGGGAGAUACACCAGACAGCACUCAAGACAAAGUAUUGUCCAUGGCAACUGUCCUUAGCCACAGACAAAUUUUCCCCCCAAUAACCAGAUUCUCCAUAGCUCAGACAGACACAUAGUUCCUCUUCCGAUUUCCAAACUCCCACAAGGAUAGAAUUCUGCAGUACUAGGCAAACAGUAAAUAAGAAAGCUGCAAAAGAGCUAUCCCCAUGCAUGUGCUCAUAAGUUCAAUAUUUACUGACUAGAGGAACACGAGGGCGCAUAAGGGGUGUGACAGCGGCCACAGAACUUUUCUCAGUUUGGGUGCAACCUGCCAUUAGCAUGGAAAGGGAAACCCCAGUAACAGUGGCAUGUGACUGAAGGUGCAGGUCAUCAGCUGCAAAUUCACCCUUAAAACCUUUGGAGCAAACAGCAACUAUUCUGGCCAACUAUAAAUGAUAAGUGUGCAAAGCAGUUGAAGUGCAACAAAGGUCUGAAUCACGUUAGGAGUUGCCCUUCUGGAAGAGCCCACAGGUCUUGGAUAUAGCAAGCCUAACUUCAGACUGCAACGGAUAACAGGUGUUAUGACCACAUGAUGGCGAUAUUGCUCUGAGUAAAUGCAUCUGAUACCUUGAGCGGUUUUUUAUCUCAAUAUGUUAUUCUUUAUUCAUUUAUUCCAACAUUGAUCUUUAGUGUCCAUAUAUAGCAGAUGCAUGGAAUUGGAAAGGGUAAAAAGCGUGAGGCAGCUUGAGAUUAAGUGGCGCCCUAGGCAGACAUCUGAAACGGGAUGUGAAGUUGAAAGGGAUCAAAAACAAUCUGUUAAAUGCAGCUCCCUGCUUCAAGGCAAGACAGUCCCCCCAAAGAGGAGGCUUUUAUCAGGGGCUUUGAGGUCCUCUCUGCAGCCACAGCAUCCUUUUCGUGCUUCACUCAGAUUCUUCAUCUUCACAGCUAGCAAGCUAUGCCCUUGAAGGACAAGGGGACUCUCCUGCAAACCUCUGCAGCUACUUCAACUCAUUCCUUAGCCAGGCAAAAAGUGUAGAAGUUGCAGUUUGCAACCAAGGAGAAUGUUUGGGCUGGUGUAAUUUGUUGGCUGGGGGCAGCGGGGUAACUGUUUUGGAAUGUGGGGAGAUUUUGGAGGUCAACCACAUUAUGUAUUGAACAGGAUUUGUAUACUGCUUAAUUGUAAAUAAAGCCUCUAAGCAGGUUAGCAAAAAUUAGCAAUGGGUGAUAUUCAAUGCUAGUCCUACUAAGAGUCCUCAUUGAGUUUAAUAGAUAGGAAUAACACAAAUGUGAGCAAGUCUAUUCUCAAUACAAACCCAUAUAUUCUGGAAAGCUGUUUGUUCACUGUGUGUUUAAGAGGACCCCUCUUAAGAUAUCAUAACCAAAUUUUGCAUUAUGGUUCCAGAGAUGGAAGGGCAGGUUUUUGUCUAUGUUGGUAUGCAGUUGGGUGCCAUUUUCCGACUCUUUCAAAACUUCAUUGAUUUUAAUUUCAAAACUGCACUGCUUUUUUGGUCAAGGGUAGAAAUAAGUUUGUGUGUUUAAAAAAUACAAUUAUGUAUAAAAUCAAAAGCUAACAUAUACAUUAUGAACUAAAAUUAGAGAUUAAAAUACAUGUCAUCUUCACAUGUCUAGGUAGGUUGCCUAAACAAAAAGGGGUUUAGCAGGUGCUGAGGCGAGUACAGCAAACAUCUAAAGUCAAUAGGCAUGGAGUUGUAAAGGCUGUCGCACUAAAAGACUGUGGGUAACUCUUGACGUAAUCUUAAGUGGAGCUCAGACCUGGUACGUGAUGUAGGUGCUGUUGAACCGGUUGGAAACAGUGACUGUAGUGCUAUCAUAGUUGCAUGAGAGUAGGCAAUUGCCAAGAAAAUUCCAAACAGUUUUUAGAUACCAAAUGUGAGGGGAUUGAGAAGCAGAAAGUUGACAGGAGAAAGUCAUGACUCAUGAGGGUCUCCCAAAUGCUUGAGAGUUGUUUAGAACCACAAUAUUACAAGCUCAGCUAGAAUGUAUACUGAAUGUCAUGGGCGGCUACUCAGCCCUGGGAAAGGUGUGAAACAACAACAACAACAACAGUUUAUUAUUUAUAUGCUGUCCAUCUUAAUGGGUUCCCCUGACUCCCCUGGGUGGCUUCCAACAAAUUAAAACACAGUAUGAUUGGGGACAGCGUUAAUGAAGGGAAACACACAGGCAAGUUGUAAAAAGACAGACUAGUAGAGAUAAAUGGUGAAUAAUAUAGCAUUGAGAGCUAACUGCUAGGGCUGGGUGAAACAGCAAUAUGUCAUCCAAUGCCAGUCUGAAGUCCAUAUCAUGAAGCUGGUUUCCUAAUUUUUGACCUGGCAAUACAUUGUGGAUCAUUAUAUGUGUGUGUGUGCUGUUCAAAAAUCACGAUGCAGGAAAACCUGUGAAGCCAGCCAGUGCCUCUAUAGCUCCAUCCUUAUUUCAGACAUCAUGAUAUAUCAGUAUAUCACAAUGUUUAGCUGGUGAUACUUCAUGAUGCUGAAAACCAGAUAUCACCCAGCCCUACAAACUCUUGCUCCUACUAUUAGCUGCCUCUUCAAUGGAAAUUAUAGGUUAGUCCUUCCUGCUCCCCCAGUCUACUGUGUGGCGACUUUGACCCUCUAGCCCAUGGGUAGGCAAACUAAGGCCCAGGGGCUGUAUCCAGCCCAAUCGCCUUCUAAAUCCAGUCCGUGGAUGGUCAGCAUGUUUUUACAUGAGUAGAAUGUGUCCUUUUAUUUAAAAUGCAUCUCUGGAUUAUUUGUGGGGCAUAGGAGUUUGUUCAUAUUUUCCUCCGAAAUAUAGUCUGCUCCCCCCCACAAGGUCUGAGGGACAGUGGACCGGCCCCCUGCUGAAAAGGUUUGCUGACCCCUGCUCUAGCCUGCCUGAAUUUGACCCACAAGCAGAGAGCAGACAUUUUUCAUGAUUAUGCCAAUAACUCAAGAAGGUCGUAGAACGAGGUGCAGAAUCUCGGGGUUGGAGGAAAACUUGACUCACACAUACCCAGUACAGAAAUUGGUUAAGAAAUAGGGCAUCAGCAAAAGUCAUUUGUAGCAUAGUGCAGCGUAAUGGAGCAGGAAGCCUAUUAACACUUAAGGGCAUGUUUGUAGAAUUAAAGCUACAUCUUGGAAGGAGGCGCAGGAGAAAACCUCCACGAAAUGGCUUCAGUUUCUGAUUUCAGAGCCUGGGUUAAGCGGGACUCCCUGGUUAGCCUUAACCAAAAUGCCAUUCAGUUGAGAGUGCUGGUGGGAGUUUGCACUCUGGAAGGGUGGGGUUAAUUGCGGUUAAGUAAUUGGCAACAUUGCAUCUCUACCAGACGCAUAAGAAUGAGGGUGCAAAAAGCAAUUAACGAGCUAAAUGGCUCCAGAAAAUUAACCAUGUUAGCCUGUUGCGUCAAGAAAACAAUAACAGAUAAGCCUGUGGAACCUUAAAAGACUUGUACUAAAUGUAUGAGGUGCCAAGAAUCAUUGGACUUUCUUUCUUUCUUUCUUUCUUUCUUUCUUUCUUUCUUUCUCCUUGCAUUAUAUUGACAAGUGGUAAUGAAAAUUCCAUGCAGGGUUCAGACCUGCCCUGGUAGUGAUUGGCCACUGCCAAUUUGGGUGGCUUUUAAACAGGACAAGUUUGUGAAAGAUCUGUUGCUACUAGCCAUUGUCAGAGGCGACAUUCACUCGGAAUCACAGUUGGGGAGAGUGUUGCUGGGGCGCAAAGGUCCUGCCCCCUGGCUUCCCCCUGGCUGGUCACUCUGGGAACAGGGUACAGGAUUAAAUGGGCCUCUGGCUUGACCUCGGAGCGCUUACGUUCUCAUACAACAGGUCAAACGAUCUUCUGUAUUUGCCCAAUUAAUAAAUAUGAUCAGAAAAAUGAAAAGCUCAACAAAUAUUUCUCCCCUGCUCCCAAUUUUCUAGUAAUUUAGUGCCGUCCUAACUUGCUAUCUUGAUUUUCAGAUAUCAAAAGAAAACAAUACAUUUCCAUCCCAUUCUUCUUAGGUUUGCAUAGGCUGUGGGAGCAACAAGGGAGACCCAAUGCCACUGGCCCAUCAGUGUAACCUGCAACAUGGAUCCUGAGCCUGAGUUGGCAGAGGGCUGACCCCCCAGUUGCUGCUAAUCCAUGCCUCAACAUCAGCUUCUCUCCUCCCCACCCCCCACCCCCACAUUGCACAUAAGCAGGCAGCACGGAGGGAAAUAUCAGCAGUUUUUCACCGUUUCUAAGCCAGAGGGGGAAAGCUGUAGAGCAAUGUUUACUGAAGGAAGGUCAGUGGACCUGAAAGAGAGCCUGAGAUGACAUGGCUGUGAAGAAUGAGGAAAGAACGGCUCUUUUGACACGUAGCCAGUCAAUUUAAGGAAAGGUCUGUACAGUAUUUCUUUUAAAGGUUUUUUUAAAAAUGUUGUGAUACAGAGAGAGAGAGAGAGAUGCAAAAGCUCGCAAUGCUUUGUGAGAGAUCAUUAUGUAAACGCCUUCAUUUUGAAAUAAGUCACUAAAAUAAACAUUUUGCGGGCUCUUGGAGGGCAACUGCUGGCAAUGUGCAUUCGCUUAUUCCCACCUCCAAGUACAGUCAUACCUCUUCUUGCGAAUGCUUUAUGUUGCGUUUUUUUCAGGUUUAAAAUGUGGCAAACCCAGAAGUGUUUACUUCUGGGUUUCGCCGCAUGGGCAGAAGCGUCUGUUCAGUUCACACAUGCGCAGAAGUGCUCUAUCACGCCUCGCACAUGCACAGAAGCGCCGCUCCACUCUGGUUACGGACUUUUUGGGGUGCGAACGACACCCCAGAACGGAUCAUGUCUGCAACCAGAGGUACCACUGUAUAAGUGAAUAAUAGUAAAUUAUUAUUAUUAUUAUUAUUAUUAUUAUUUUAUUUUAUACCCCACCCAUCUGUUUCCCCAGCCACUCUGGGCGGCUCCCAUUUAAGUGUUAAAACAAUACAGCAUUAAAUACUAAAAACUUUCCUAAACAGGGCUGCCUUCAGAUGUCUUUUAAAAAUAAGAUAGCUGCUUAUUUCUUUGACACCUGAUGGGAGGGUGUUCCACAGGGCGGGCACAACUACCGAGAAGGCCCUCUGCCUGGUUCCUUGUAACUUCACUUCUCGCAAUGAGGGAACCGCCAGAAGGCCCUCGGCACUGGAUCUCAGUGUCCAUAUAGGAGAAACUAAAGAGAUUUAACCUGGAAACAUCAUGGAGAUGGGGGAGAAAGCUGCUCCUUGUGGCCCCAGCCAUUGUCUGUAGACCCACCUAUUCAUGUGGUCAGCCCACCCUCAGCCCUGUUUUUUAUGUGUAUUGUGCAUGCAUAUGGCAGAAUGGGGAGAACCAGCAUAUAUAUGGUCCGCACAGGUAGAUUUCUUGUCCUGCAUCAACCUUUCCAACCUGCUGUCCUCCACAUUGUACCACAGCUGCUGUCAACAUGGCCAACGGUCAGAGAUGAUGGGAUUUGUGCCCUCUGAAUGUUGUGGACUGCCAGGGUUGGGAAGGUUGUCAUACGCUAUAUGUCUGUCAUAGCAGACCUUGAACCUUGACCUUUCCUUUCCUUUCCUUUUAGUAGUGCAUAACUGGGAUACUAUUAAGUAUGAACUUUGGAGUCACAAAUUUCAACACAUGAGUUCAGGUUGAUCAGUGUCAUCUAAGUCUUACCAAGUUGGGUUUUUUUUAACAUACACAAUUUUGAAUAUUUUGCUAAGAAAAUGAAUAGUGGGUCUUGAUUUCAAAUGAGAAAGUUUUAUUUUCUCAUUUUAUUUUAUAAAAUGAGACUAUUUUAUUUCAGACACUGGCAAAUCAUCGUUUUUAGUGUUUUACAUUCAGCUGCCACUUUAUGCCUUUGCAAAGGAUGAAAUUAUGCUAAUUGAAUCGCAUGAAUUUGUCCCGAUUGUUGAAUCUGUCACACAUGAGUAAUACUGCUUAGAUAAAGAAAUAAAAGAAUGCUGAAAUUAUAGCAUAUUCUAAUUUGUGUCUCAGAUGUAUUAAACUGGUAGAAGUAUUUGAGUAUUUUUAAAAAGUGAUAUAGAAUACCUGUCAGAAGGGGGGGAAACAAAUAAAAGAAUGGGAGAAGGACCGUUCCUCCUGCAUUUUAAUAGUAAGUAAAACUACUGCUACAAAAUCAAAGUAAGCUAUCCAAAUAAGCUAUAGAGUACUUUAUUUAUUAGGGUAAUACUAUCAAAAUAACAGGAUUUUUUUGUUUUCAAGAAAAUAAAGCGGGAUAUCAAAUCCAAACUCAAACUCAAACUCAAAUAGGCCCUUGUGUACUUGAUUAGAAAGAGAAGUCUGUAUCAUAUUUUUAAAAAUCAUUGGGCUGAAAGAAAAAAAAUGCAUCUUCAAUAUGCAAACCAGCUGUGAAUCAGGGGCGGAGCUUUAUGCUCCGGCACCGGGGGCAGAGAGCAGGCGGGGGCGGGCUGGCGCAUGUUCUGGGGGCAGGGUGCCCAGCGCGGGGGGGGCAGCUGCGAUGGAGCCCCACCGGGAUCGCACUGCCGGGGACAGGGUGCUCCCCCCACCCCCUCGUCCUCCCCCCACCCCCCUCGUCCUCCAACAGUGCUGUGAAUUCACUCAUUUAUAUGUAAGUUCUAUUAACAUUUAUUGGACAGAGAAGUGUGGGCAAUAUACCAGUCCUUGAAGUCAGAUACAUGAAUUUACUAACACGGUUACUAAAAGAGCAUUGUGGCUGUUGAUAGAGCAACCCUCUAUCAAUUUGCCUAAUCUGUUUUAAAACCGUUUAGUUGCCUCUAUCACCACAUUGUGGCAGUUGACCCAGUAAGUUGUUUGAAGGUAAUCUUUCCCUGAACCUUCCUUGCCACUAAGUUUGAUUGGUUCUACUACUGUAAAAGUGGGAGAAAAAAGAAUAUCUCUCUGCUCCCCCUAGUCCACUCUUAAUUUAUAGAAUUAAUAUCCGCUUUAUUGCCCCACGCCCCAUAAAGCAAAUCCCAAACAAUUUCCGCUUUCCUUCUGCUCCAGCCCUCGACUAUGUUGGUGAGCUUUUUAUAUAUUUUCUCCAACUCCUAUCUUUUUCAAAUGUGGGGAUGUAAAAUGCAAUCUGAAAAGCCGCUGAUAAUCAGAGUGACCUGACAGUUGAAGCCCUGUUUGGGAGGUAUCCAGAUUGUUUGCAGAUGCAUGGACACAAAGUUCUGUUGGUUAGCGCUAAUACACCAGCAGCAACCCUUCUUGGAGUUCAGCGAUCCGGGUGCUUCCCCUGCAUCAGCACAGCAUCCCUAGAGUGGACAUAAAAGGGGAUGUCUGAACCAGCCAGUCGGAACUUCUUGUUUCUCCUAGGCUGGGACAGGCUUCCUCUGCAUGUGACUAGAGGUGGACGUGACCUCACCUGCCCAGGUAACAAAAGAGCAGGACUGGUCAGCCAUAUCUCUCUUUCUCUCUGACCACAUUCAUCUAAGAAGCAACAUCUGCUUAGCCUAAGAUGCUCUCUUGGCUUGCAGAGAGGACAAAGGGGCUGUCUCCUUAUGGGAUAUUACUUUUCUAACUUAAGUCUGCCUUCUGGAAUCCAAUUGUGAACAGAAUGUGAGUGAGUAAACUCUUUCUAUACUUUUAUAGAAGACUGUGUUGUGUCUAUCUUUUUAUGAGGGACUAAAUGGGGAAUUACCAAAAGGAAAACUCAUUUUAGAGGCUUUAGCGAGCCUGAGCAAAUGCAUCCGCUGUGCAAGUUUAAAAAGGGGAAAUGUUACUCUACUAAAUUGUGGAACUUGUUAACACAAGUUGGAAAGGAUAUAAUCAAACAAUAUGUCCUCUCCUGCAUCCCUGAACAUUCCCACAGUUUUUAACUAUGAUUUUGUGUGAUGUGUGAUUUUGCUUGUGAGGUAGUGUAUUGCGUGCGUGUGGCCCAUUAUUUCUUCUGGGGCCCUCCCCCCCCACCACCACCUGCAAGAGAGGAAACAGAUUUGCACAUGACACAAAAUGCAUGCAGCUCAAAGUUUUAUGCAAAUUUGUGUUCUCUUUCGAGAGAAGGGAGGAGGACCCAAUCCACAUCUGUGUCCUGGGCCCAGGAAAUCCUUUUGACAUUCUUGGUUCAGAUAUUGCAAUGUACUCUCUGCGCAGCUGCCCUUGGAAAGUGUGUGGAAGCUGCAGUUGGGCAGGUAUAUAAAUAGCCCUUCACGUAGGCUUUGUUCGCUAAGAUAAACCUCCAGGCAUUCAGACACAGAAGGUUAUGUAAACGGAAAGGGUGCUGUGGCUAUUGCUGUGUUGCAAAGCGUUAAAGCAGAUGGGGCUGGGCUAGUAACAUUAGCAAGGCUGGAUCGGUGCAAAGUUCUAGUGCUCACCUCCAGCAAAGAGCGGCUCUCCCAAUUUUAUUCUUAUCCAUUUGCUUCCAGUCACAGUUCUAGGGGCUCCGUGACAGAGCAUCAGCCUUGCAUCCAAAAGUUUAAUCCCUGGCAUCUUCCGUACCGGAAUGGGGGAGACCCCUGUCUGAAACCCCAGAGACCCUCUGCCAGUCAGCGUAGACCAGUGGUGUCCAAACUUUUUUCAAAGAGGGCCAGAUUUGAUGAAGUGAAGGGCCGUGGGGGCUGACCAAAGGGCCAACCUUUUUUUUAGGAUUUAGGGUUAGAGUUGUUGAGGUUUUGGGGGGAUUUUACCCCAGGAAAUAAACUGCUACAGGGGCUGGAUUAAACUGACCGGUGGGCCGGAUUAGGCCCCCGAAACGGACUUUGGCCAUGCCUGACGUAGACAGUAUUGAGCAAAAUGGAUGCCAUGGUCUGACUCGGUGUGAGGCAGUUUCCUCUGUGUGCAGGCUCUCCUAUCUUGGGGAAAGUAGCCUUCCAUGCCUGUACACUUUUAGGACCGGUGAAUAGGGUUGCCACCCAUCUCUAGAAAAACGUCCUUUCUUUUUUUUAAGAAAAGUGUCCCCUGUCCUGUUCAGACUUCAAAGUUUUUGCAUGGGCGGAGGGAGGGUCACAGGAAGUUGCUGUGCACUGGCUUGCUAUGGUGGAAGUUUUGCAUGGGCAGGGGGGCAGCGGAUGGGUCGGAGAGCGGGAAAGAGAGUUUUUGCAUGGGCACACUGGAAGAAGUGGGUCAGAGACAGAGAUGGCGAGGGUGCAGUCUGUCCUGGUCUGUCCAUUCAGUGGAGAGUGGGGGUGGGAUUUUUCUUACAGUUGUAAAUCAUAGUGCUUUUGUUGUUUUUAUUCAUUGAAUAAACCCAUGUAAACCCCGAGUAGCUUUGUAAUGGAUUGCUUUGAAGUCAUACCUGCAGCGGGGAAUGUGAUUUUUAGCUCCCUGAUUCCCCCCUCAACCUGUCCCAUAUUUUGCCUGACCAAAGGUGGCAACCCUACUGAUGGCGUCACAUCAGUGGUCGCAUCCAGAGCAGCUGUUUUAGUUGUGGUGUCACUUCUUUGGAAUUCCCUCUCAGAGAAAACACCACCAGAGCCUGGCCUUAUAAAUAAGUGCCUUGAUACAAGAUAGGCAGUUGGUCUCCGUGUGCUUCAUUCUGACUGCCAGGGGCUUUCCAAGUCAUCAAGCAGAUAUUCCUAGCCAAGGAGAAAAAGAGAUGCAGGGAUUGAAUUUAGGAGCGCCUGCUGCUGGAUUAUGAAUGUUCCCUAUGUUUAUGUUUAUUUCUUCAUUACAUUUGUAUCAAUAUUUUCUUCCAGCAUUACCUUUACAUUUUGUUUUGUGUUUGUUUCUUGCAGGAAUCCAUGUGGCCCUAUUUAUUUGGGAUGAUAAUUGUCCCAUCACUUAUCCAAAUGGCAGUCCUGCCUUUUCUUCCGGAAAGUCCUCGCUUUUUGCUGCUUGAAAGACACGACACAAAAGCAGCAGAAAAAGGUGCUGUGCUUUUGUUUUUCAUCAUUUGUCUGUUUGCCUCGAAAGACAGGAAUUCCCCUGAAAGUGCAAAUAUCCUUUCGUUUUGCAGUCUACUUUCUUUAACUCCAAGAGUCCUACAAAAAUUGCAUAAUAUCAAAACAUUCGAGGCAGUCGCAGUCUGCUUUUCCACCAUUCAACUCUGUUUCAUGCAAAGUAUCUUCCUCCUACAACUAGGGUUUUCUUGGUGGUGGCCCCGCCAUAUGGAAUGCCUUGCUAUGUGUGGUAUGCCAGGCCUCAUCCCUAGGAUGUUUUCAGGUGACCAGUUGACAGGACUGCUCAAAAAGGCCUUCUUCAACUUACUAUUAGCUCUGCUGGUUUGGUUUAAUUUUUAUGAUGGAGUUUAACUUGAGGAUUGCUUUAUGUUUUUUAAUACUGUUUUCUAUUGUGACAUUGCAGGGAUGCAGGUGGCACUGUGGGUUAAACCACAGAGCCUAGGACUUGCCGAUCAGAAGGUCGGCAGUUCGAAUCCCCGCCACAGAGUGAGCUCCUGUUGUUCAGUCCCAGCUCCUGCCAACCUAGCAGUUUGAAAGCACGUCAAAGUGCAAGUAGAUAAAUAGGUACCGCUCCGGCGGGAAGGUAAACGGCGUUUCCGUGCGCUGCUCUGGUUCGCCAGAAGUGGCUUAGUCCUGCUGGACACAUGACCUGGAAGCUGCACGGCGGCUCCCUCGGCCAAUAAAGCGAGAAGAGCGCCGCAACCCCAGAGUCGGUCACGACUGGACCUAAUGAUCAGGGGUCCCUUUACCUUUAUCUUUACCUUUAUUGUGACAUUAGUACCUAAAUAGGCAAUGGCUAUGCCUACAGGUUCGCAUUCUCCAAAUCUACAGAGUAAUAAUCCUAGCAUGUAUUUGUAGGUGUGUGUUGUUUUUUAACUUAUUUGUAUCCAGAAGCUGAAUCAAUACCAUAUUCAGUACUACAUCUGUGUUCCCAUGGACCUCAAGUGUACACAAAGUCUAGGAGAUGAACCAAAUUCAUAUGAAGUGCCUGGUAUAAUUUACAUGGAGGCAGAUCUAUACAACCAUUUUUUUAGCCAGAAAAAAAGGAAAUGUUUGAUGCAGAUUAACUCUUUGAUCCAUUGUGUCUGCUUGGUCUGAACGCAACCACAAUUUGCAUUCUAAACAAACAUAUGACUUGUGGGUUUACAGCAUUUCAGACCUUUCUUGGCAAAUCUGAUGUGUCGUAUGAAGUAGAAGACGUGUUGGAAGAGAGUCGCGUGCAGAGAAACAUGCAGAUAGCAUCUAUCUUUCAGCUUUUGUGUGACAGCAGUAAGCGAUGGCAGAUCCUCACCGUAAUUGUAACCAUGGCCUGCUACCAACUCUGUGGUCUUAAUGCUGUAAGUGAGAUGACGGCAAAUAAUGUGUAAAAGAUACAUUUCUAUGUUUUGCUCCAAUGUUUCAAGAUCUUUCUAGAAUAUUUCUAGAAUGUUUUGGCGACGGCCUCAAAUCUCUGAAUGGAAGGGCAUUUAGAAAGGCAAAAGGGUUUGUCCUAUCAUAGGAUCACAGAAUUGUAGAGUUGGAAGGGACCAUCCAGUCCAACGCCUCUUUCAGACCAAAGCCCCCUUCCCCUGAAAGCUUGGGCUCAGCCUGGGAGGGCCUUUAAUCCAGCACCAUCAUUCCCCUGCCAGCCCCCCCCCCCCAGUGGAUCAGAGGGUAGAGCAAAACCGGUGAUAAACACCAUUUUGCAUGUAUUAUUUUUGUUAGUGAAGCAUUGCUACUUAGCACUGUUACCGAAAAUAAUCAGCGUUUUUAUUGAUACACAAUGUUUAAUUCAGCAAGUAGCACUGGGCAACUUUACACCUGUGGGCGUGAUGGGAGUUUUACUCACUCCUUUUUCUCCUGCAGCUACCAAUCCUCUGGAUAAUUCCUCUUAUCCUUCUAGCAGAUCUUUGAGGCUGCAGGGGGAGGGGUGGAAGGAUAAGUCCCAUUUGCCAAAGCAGAUAUCGUUGCACAAGUGCGAUGCCACGUAGCCCCUUAUCUUCAUGCUAUGAACUUUGAAGAAAGAUGCAGCAACAUAAGGCAAAAUGUGAUGCAUCAAUUCUUCAAAACACAUUCCUAAGUUUCCUAGUAUUGGGGGGAUAGAUCUCAUAGUUACUGAACCAAUGCCAUUGUCUUCAGCUCAGUAAUAAUGUUUGUAGGUAAGUAGGGGUGUGUUUUGUUGUGUUGUGUUGGUAUGUGACUGAGUGUGAGAGAGAUGCAUUAACUCAUUUUUCCUGUUACAAUAUUUAAUCUUUGUUCUUUUUCACUGGUUAUGCCUUACUCCCUGACCCAUUAAAUUUCCUGAAGGGCAAAUUCAAGUCCAAGUCAGAUCACUAAGUUAACAACCUGAUUUCAGUCUUAUUCUGCCAGCAAUUCCGGAAUAGCUGUUGACUGGCCAGUCUCCCUCCUUUCAGCCACUGUGAGAACAGGAUGCUGGAGCAGAUGGUCUAAUGGGCUGAUCCAGGGGGUUCUUCUUAUGUUCUUAGAUGCAGUAGAUGCCUUCUUUUCAUCAUAACUACCAAGCCAAGGCAGCCCCAAUAUAUUGCAUUUGCCCAGUCCAUGUUGCUCAGAUGAAAUGGGAUCAUCAUGCUUCACUUUGAAAUGCAUGGAAAACAUUCUUUCACAGAGACUGACAUCUGUGGAGGAAAUCAAACACCCCAAAUGAAUUCUGUUGCUCUCUAAAUAAGCUGCCUGGGAUGAUGGCAUGACCACAUCUCAUUAAUGGAUAACUUGAAAAUUACUCUGUGUCAGAUGAUGGGUGUAAUAUCUUUUUUAAAAGGAAAACCUUUUGCACCUUCCAAAGCAAUUUGUAACGAUUUUUUGCAGUAUCUCUCUAAGAGUUAAUUAGAUGUUACUGAGAAAUUCUUCGCUGUCUGCUGUGAAUAAGAUGAAAAUCGCACUUCAUCAUACCUUCAAUAAACCUACAAAAGACAUCCCACAAAAAGUAUAGCUUUCUACUAACUGCAGGAUUUCAGUACUAAUGACAGGCUUGUUCUGUUCCUUGUUGUGGAUACUUUACUGAGAAAAGAUAUGGAAUUAUCUUGUCAUCUAUUCGGUUUACAGCUCUUCUUAUAAUUAUACUUACAAGAAAUAGAAAAGUGCCAUGUGCCGUGAAAUAACCAAGGCAGGGUUUUCCCCCCCAGUCCUGCACUUGCAGUACUGGAAAUAGAAUGGGAACAUCUGGGAUUAUGGCAAGAUUUCUUCUUGGAGAAGGGGGGGGGAAUCUAGAAAUGAAGUGGUAUUGAUUCCCUCUAAGAGUUACUCAGGUUUAAAGACUCAGUAGAACUGGUGCGUUUCAUGUGGGGUUCUGCACUCUUGAAAAAGCUGUGAGGGAGCAUCCCUGUGAGGGUGGAGAGUUGCAAAAAGAACUGAACAUAAAUGGUUGGGUAACUGGGAGAGGUUAGUUUUUUGAAAAUUUGUGGGCUAGGUUGGAAGAGGGUGAUAAAUCAUAGGGUUAGGGUUAGGGAGGAGCUUUGAGAGUGUUAAGAGCACAAACAAUAACACUUUCCUGUUGUUUGCAUAUAUCUUUUUCCAGAUUUAGCCAUCUGCUUAUUUCCUGAGCUCCCAACUAGGGUAAACUGAAAAAUAAUAUAUCAGCAUACUAUUUCUUCUUCUUUAAAUUUACAGUCAAGGGACUUUCCAGACGAUCACUUUAGAGAGCAAAUGUUGCUGCUCCUACAUUGUGUGAAAUUCAGAUUUCUUUCCUCAGAAAAGCACUUUUCUUUUUUGUGGGGUGGAAGGCUGCCAUAAUGUUUUCCAUUGUUGCAAUGGUAUACCCUGCUCAUUGUAUUUAUAUAACACCACAAUGUUCAACAAAAUCUCGACAUAUUAUAAUCAGUCGCAUGUUUCUAAUUUGGUUUAUUAAAGUGCUCCAGCACAAUUGGAGCAUAGGGUUGUGCUGUUAACGUCCGGUUGGAUGUCACUGGGCAAGAUGCUCAACACAGUAAUUUGCAUCCUUUGGCCAGUCCAUCAUUACUGAGGCAUUAUAUGUAUGUAGUCUUACAUUUUAAUUAGAUUCUAAAAACCGUUUUGAAAUCAAAUAACUGAAAAAAAUGGUUUCUUGUUACAGAUUUGGUUCUACACAAAUGAGAUUUUCAAGGGAGCUGGACUGAGUUCAGAAAUAAUCCCAUAUGUUACUUUAAGCACAGGAGGGAUUGAGAUUUUGGCUGCCAUUUUCUCCGUAAGUACUGUGUCUUCUGCGCCCUGUAGAAUCCUUUUAGCUCCCUCCUCUUUCAAUUUGAUGUGACAUUUUCAGGUAAAAAGCAGACAGAAGGGCUAUGUUUUAUAAACUUUAUUCAACUUUACUCAAUAUUUUAAGAGAUUGGGAUGCAGGAAAUUUCAAGUCUGCAGUCAUUAUGAGUUCUCAAUAAAUUAGAUUAAUCUAGUUUAUUGCUGUAUUAGUUUUUCAUUUAUUUAAAUAGCACCAUUAAUGUGUGUCUCUCAUAGAAUCACAAAACUGCAGAGUUGGAAUGAGUCCUGCAGUCAUCUCAUCAGUACUGUGAACCUUACUAUCUAAAAUCCAGUACAGGGAAGAAGAGUAGGGGGGUGGUAAACAGUGAAUAAAUAUGUUAUAGUUUGAAUUGCAAGUUUAGUUCUUGGUCUUUGCACUGAGUUCUUUUCCUUGGUAUUGAAUUUAGGCCAAUGUUUAUUUUAGCCUAUGUUACCACAAAAGGAGAAAGAGGGGGGAAGGGGGGGAGGAGAGAGAGAGAGAGACAUUGUUUUCUGUGGUACAAAAGGCCUCAUGUUAGAAAAUGACCACGACCAUUGAGAACUAGUUACUUUUAAAAUGUGGGGGCCAUAUACAGUUGAAAGGAUGCACAGUCCAGACCCAUUUACUUAUUUUAAAAGCAUAUGAAUAACUUUCCCGCACUGAAAUCAGUGACAUUCACAGUUCCAAUCCUGAAAAUGGUGGGACUUGCUUGUAAGAAAGCCUGCCUAAGACUAUGCUACGCGAGUGAUGGAAUUUGGUUGGAUCAUGUCAUAUAUUUAAAAGUGUACAUUUACUGGAACAAAUUUAUACUUUAUACAAAAGAAAACUGUAGGCAUUUGAAAACGUUUGUAGGCCUGAAUUGAAAUGUUUUGUAAUGUAAACAUAAGGAACUAAUUUACCAAUAAUAAGGUGAAAAAUUAUAAUUUGACAAAGGGUAAAUAAGCGAUUAUAGAAAUGCAAAGAAUAUAGAAAGGUAUGUGGAAGUCAGAAGGAAGGGAGGGAAGGAGUACUCUUGCAGAGUAAUAUAUUAAGUCAUAGAAUUAUGUAACAAAAUGUGAAUAUGAUUUAAGUGGAAAACUCAAUAAAAAUAUUUUUAAAAAUAAAAAUAAAAGUGUACAUGUAAUUUACAAAUAUGUCACAAUCAAAAUUGCCACACAGCUGGCUUUCUUCCUGAGGAUGAAAGAUGUUGUGGGGACUUCUUUGCUUACCUUGGGUGCUUUUAAUUCAUUCAUUUUAGCGGGGGGGGGGGGAAUUAUGCAACUACAAUAAAUGAAAUGUGAGCCUCAUUCACCUGUCGGGGUGCAUAGGAUUGCAGCCUCCAAGGGGGGGGAGAUCCAAGAACGACAUAUUCUCUGUUUGUAUAUCAACUUGAUGAAUUUAUUCAAAUGGGCUGCUCAGUGAUUACCCAAGUCCUAAGCAUGCUUGCUUUUGCACUUCAUUUGACUAGACCAGCCUUGAUAAAUAUAAUUCAUAUUCAUUGCUGUCAAUAAAUUGUAAGAUCAGUGCAGCUGAGCAAAGCUAGGCAAAGCAAACACUGAAGUCGAUGCCAUUGAUUGUGUUGACAUUUUUUAGUCCUUUCCAUGCAGAAAAUUCUGCUGCUUUGUUGUCUUUGAUAUUAUAUACAGUUCCGACAGAAGGCAAGUUCCCAUAGCAGCAAAGCUAAAAAUGGAAUGUGAGGUCAUGAGCAUCGGAGCAAGAAGGAAGGAAAAAGCUGCACAGUUUAAUUCAACUUUUAAUUAAUUAAUGCUUGAACACAUGCUUAAUAAGAGGGGUGUGCUGCAGGGGCCACUAAAAGUGGAGUUGCAACCAACUUACCAUGGAGCCAAAAAUGUAAUGUGGUUUUCUGUGUAUGUGAUGUGCAGGCAUGUGUGAAUUGACCCCCUGGCAGAGGCUCCGAUGCCCGUAAUUGCUGACACUCUCCCUAAUACUCUCUUAUGCUUCCAUGACACUUCUCUAAAUGCAUGGUUAAAUUAAAUAUUUCUAAUAUAAAACAUGCAGAAUUUUUGAAAUAGUUUAUGCACAGAUAAAACAAAAACACUGUGUGCCUAAUGGCCAAAGUAAUACAAAGUGGGUCCUCAUUGCUCCAUGUGUGUAGAGCCUCUGAAAAUUCACUCUGACAAACAGUGGUGAGCACCAUUUAGAAUAUUAAUACUGUUGUUAGUGUGACUUAAUGGUAUAUUAAUUUGGUUGUAAAUGGUGGGCAGAAACCAUUAUUCCACUUCAGUGCAGCUUAUGCAGCAGACCAGGUCUAAUCGUGUGUUUUACAUAUAGACAGUUAAAACACUUGGAAUAUGAAAAAAAGUUAUCUAUGUUCCAGUUUGGAGAGUUUUUGUUUGUGUUGUAAAAAGUAUAGCGUUGUGAUCCAGGUGACUAAUCCUAGCGUCUUUAGGAUUCCCUGAGAGACAUGGAUCCCCAUUGCCCUUAGAUUGAUCCAUGAGGAGUUAUAAGAGUUGACCACAUAAAUCCAGGAUGCCUCUGGUUUUGUUAGACAAUAAGACACUGUUUCUUUUUCUUCCUCAGGGCCUAGUGAUAGAACGACUCGGACGCAGACCUCUUCUGAUUGGGGGGUUUGGCUUGAUGGUCCUCUUCUUUGUAGUACUCACUGUGUGUAUGACUUUACAGGUAUGUAAACCUGCCCUACUCAGCUUAAAUAUCGGGCCAUUCUCAUUGAUCUUUCUUGUACACAGUGUGUGAUCUUUAAUGUGCAACUUUGACAUUGAAGUCAUGUGUGGGUUAACUGUGAAUCUAUUACACUGUCAGUUAUUUUUGUCCUUUUAAAAUUAUGUUUAGCCAAGAGAAAACCAAAAGCUUCACAACUGAAAUUGUUCUUGCAGGUUUCAAGAUGAGACAGUUUAGGGAUUAAGUGAUUUAACAAUAAAGUAUUUCAUUCACUACCUAUUUGUGUAAGAGAAAAACGAGGGGCUAUAACCUUUUCCCUCUUAAUCCUUAAUCCUUUGUAUAAAAGGAAACUAGAGUUAUAUAAUACUAUUUUAAACUAACCUUGGUUCUCCAAACUCUGGUUUGUUUGAACUAGGAUUAGUAAAAACUAUCUGAGAUCAAACGUAUUCUCCCUAUCCUCCUUUAUUCUGGCUUGCAUUAUGUGUGAGCAUUGCUGCUAACCCGAUUGAAGAGAUUGCAGAACUCCAAUUCACUUUGAAUUGUGAGGUUAAUGUUGGUAAUGCAUGAUUCCCAACACAACCAUGGUCCCUAAACCAUGGUUCAGCAUUCAUUCUUCAGCAGCCCUAAUUCUGUGUUUUAAAUAUGUGUAUCUGAAACAUUAUAUCACUCCUAGAUAUCCUGUUGCUUUUUGGCAAUUUCAUUUUAAAUAUUUUGAUUCAAAAAUGUGAAGAUGUGUUAUUUGCUGUAAAUGUCAGGAGCCUGACAUUAUUAACAUUUACUUUCCAAGUGGCUAUUUUUUAAAUGGUCAAAAGAAGGUUCUGAAGGAGGUCACAGAACUAAGUAGAAGUCAUUUUAAUCCCUGAUUUGUUUCUCUCCUGUUGCAUCGAUUAUUGUACAGCUUCUUUUGCUCCAGAGGGCAUCUCUCAAACUGAUGAAAGCUAUAAUUCUGACAGGUUAAAACAGCAGGCUUUGGGUGAACUUUCAGUACAUUGUAUUUCUCCAGGCAAAGUCAUGAUCUCCAUUCCUCACACAAAGGUUAACACAUAUCUCCCAGGAAAGAGUUGCUUCAAGUAGUGUGCAAACAUGAACAUAUCUACAUUUUCAGCCAGAGCAUGGAUGUAGUAAGUUGCCUUGUACCGAGUCCACCCAGAUAAGCCUCCCAGAGUGGCCACUUUCAGGCCACCCUUUUGAGGUAAAGAUGCUGAGGAUUUAAGAUGGGAUCUUGUAAAUGCACAUUAUGUGUUUUAUGACUGAGUUACAGCUCUUCCCCACGUGUGGCUUAACACCUUUGUCAUCAGACUCACUAUUCAGUACAGAUCAGCUGCCAUUCUGUUUCAUUUAGAUACAGAUAUAUUAAAAAUAGAAGCAGAUAGGCCAAGCUGAAAUGUCUUUCUUGGACAGGGUUGUAUUUCAGCACAGACAGAAGAUUAAGGGGGUCAGAGGCAGAAGACAGGGUGAAUGGCAGACCUGGGGUCAUAUAUCAAAUUAGGCAGGUGCCACAGGCAAAAACUAUAGUCAAAGACAGGCUGGCAAUCAGCACUAGAUUGGGGAGGGAGGUGAGGCGAGGUCAUCCAUAUGGUUCUCAGUCCAUUGAGUUGCUGAAGAACCCAACCUGGAGUUAGACCCAAGCAGACUGCUCUUGGUUCCUCAGGUCAUGGCUGGACUGAAGAGCCAUACUUCCACCAGUUAUGGCCACUGUAUGGACGGUGCUGCAGCACAGCAGAGAUUGGGGGACUCAUUUCCACCACUUGAGAUGCCAGAAUCUCUACUUUGAGACUUACAAUGAUCCAUACAGUAUUUCCAUUUUUCCUGCUUUUUUGUUACUGAAGUAAGCGGUCAAGUGGAAAGAGUUCUUGAACCCAAUGAUAUAUACUGGGUUUAUUUGCAUGCCUUUCUGACAUGAUAGGAACGUAUUAGUUUGUGAAUGCCGUUUUGAGUAGUUAUUCACUGGCACAGAAACAAUAAACCUCCUAUCACCACACUUUGGGGUCUGCAUUACAUUGCAAACCAAGGAGUUCAUCUUUUUAUUAUUAUAUAUUAUAAAUAUUAUAUAUUUAUAUAUACUCCAUCUUUCCCCCCCCCCCCCCCGAACAGGAAUCAAAUACAAACAUAGAGAAAUCGAUAAUAAAAAUACCAAUGAAUACAAGACACAUAUAUAAAAUCUGUUUAAAACAUACCAGUAUAUUAUUACUAUAUGUUUAGUAAUCUUUUUCUAUAGAUCUUUCAUUUCUGUGUGCAUGACUACAGAAUCCAAGAGUACAGAAAACCUAUAUGAUUGUUUGCACUUACUAUAAUCAGUACUUCGCACAUUAGUAAUACCUCUCCAAUGUAUUUUUUCAGGAUCAAGCAGUCUGGCUUCGAUACCUCAGUAUAGUCUGCAUUCUUGCAAUAAUUGCAUCAUUUUGUAUUGGACCAGGUAACAUUUUUUUUUCAAAUGCAUUUAAGUGAACUAUCAGCCACUCAUGGUGAAGUCUGUUGUAUUAGGGGCAGUAUAUUUCCUGUUUUAGCCUGUGAAUGUCCAUCAGGGUGGGAGUGGUGAAACAGAUGAGAAUUCAGUGUUUAUAAUGACAAUAUGAAGUAUGGUGUAUUGUAGAUACGUUCAUCUACCUAGGUUAGCACUGGAAGGCACCAUUGAUCUAACUCUGUGGGUUCUUCCCUCUCUUAGCUGUAAGCUUACAAUGGGUUGUAUCCAAUUCCUCUUCUCUACAGCCCACUGCAUACCAUCAAAAUGUGCUCCGUAGGGAUGGGAGACCUUCUGGAACAGAUUUUGGGGCAGGAGGGGAGAGGAGAGGAAGACGAAAUCCUGUUGCAUGAGCGGAACUCUGCUCACAGAGUGUUAGAUAAAAUCUAAUGUUCCUAAACCCAACGUUCUACUUAUAGACAAACUUGAGUACCCUCCUGUAAUUUACAUGUACUUCAUGGAAUAAUCCACAAGACAUCAGUGAUGAAUUUUAAUCUGAUAUAAAUUGGGGCUGGACAGAAAGAAGGUAGAUCUACUGGUGGAUCGCUAGAUGAAUUGCCCCAGAUUGACAAAGGUUUUGGACUCCCAGUUUAGCAAUGGAAAUUUCAUUUAGCAAUCAACAACAUGCUUGUUUAGGUGGAUUCGUACUCCACCAUUUCAGCCUAAGCGCAAUGCUUUAGGGAACUUACCACAUGUUAAAAGCAACUAAAUGGCUAUAUAUAGUUUCUAAAUUAGGAUGUUAGAGAGUCUUUGACCUCAGGUGUAGAUCUGUAUCUAUAAGUUCCUCAUGGGGGGGCAGUAUGGCUCUUCCCCCCAAACCACCAAUUUGCAUCUAGCUUCACCCCCAAAUACCGCCCUGCCUGAAACUCUGGGGAACCACUGCCAGUCAUUGUAGAGAUUACCAAGCCUGAUGAACCAAUGAUCUGACUUGGUAUAAGGCAACUUCAUAUCUUCCAAGUGAUUAUUUUGCACCCAGCUCUGGUUGUAGUUCUGGUAAAAGCAGCAAUGCCUGGAGUCUGUCUGGGUUUGGUGUAAAAUGGUCCCUUGAGGUGGUUAUGUUUUAAUGCAUUUAGGUAGUUGAAGUUUAUAUGGGGUAGGAACUGGACCGUUAACAACCUUAGGCCUGAGGUGCAAAAAGUAUGCAUGUUAAUGUUAGCUUACACUUUUCUAAUAGAACCUGCAGAAAUACAUUUGACACUGCAGUUUAAUCCCUUACUGAAAGUUAUUUUAUCAUUUAAUGCCAGCUACAGUUUAGAACUUUCAUAGUUUUAAAAAGCAAAUACACAGUUUUCUCUCUUUUGUUCCAAAUGGUAGUCUAUUUUGGUGCACAGCUUUUCUCCCAUUACGACUCUGUCAGUCAUAACUUCCUAAUGUGUUUUGCACUCACAUUGAAGCAAUCUGAGCAGAAAUACAUCAGAGUGAAAACUUUGCUAUUUUUCCUGCUUGACUAGCUAUCGCUAAGUAAAAUACAUAGUUAUAUGGCUUUAAAAGUGAUUUAGACAGCAAUAAGGCUAUCAAGCACUGAUAAUCAUGGGGGCAAUGUUCUACUUCUACAGUUAAAGACAAUAUUUAUUUAUUUAUUUAUUUAUUUAUUUAUUUACGUACGUACGUAUGUACUUAUUUACAUGCCACUUAAUUACUGGAAAUUAUAAAUGGGGAGAGGGCUGUUGCACUCGGGUCUUGCUUCCUAUAGGGCAGGGGUGGAGGGCCAGAUUUGAUGAAGUGAACAUGCGUGAGGGCCGAUCCAAGUUGUUUUUUUUACAAUUUUUUCCCAAAGUUUUUGAGCUUUUUUUAGGAUUUUGCCCCAGGACAUAUACUUCCACCAGAUUAAAUCGACCAGCGGGAUUGGGCCCCCGAAAUGGACUUUGGACAUGCCUGCUGUAGGGGCAUCUGGUUGGCUAAUCUGGGAACAAGAAUAUGGAGAACAUGGGCUUUUGGCCUGACACGGGUGGCGCUGUGGGUUAAACCACUGAGCCUCUUGGGAUUGCUGAUCAGAAGGUUGGCGGUUCAAAUCCCCGCGACGGGGUGAGCUCCCGUUGCUCGGUCCCAGCUCCUGCCAACCUAGCAGUUCGGAAGCACGUCAAAGUGCAAGUAGAUAAAUAGGCACCGCUCUGGCGGGAAGGUAAACCGCGUUUCCAUGCGCUGCUCUGGUUCGCCAGAAGCGGCUUAGUCAUGCUGGCCACAUGACCUGGAAGCUGUACACCGGCUCCCUCGGCCAAUAAAGCGAGAUGAGCGCCGCAACCCCAAACUCGGCCACAACUGGACCUAAUGGUCAGGGGUCCCUUUACCUGGCAGGCGUCUUGUGCAGUUAUUAGGAAGCAGUUCAUAACAUCUAUUAUAUAUGAGACAAGCUGCUCUUUUCUUUUUUGAUACAUCAAUAAUGGUGGUUGUUUUCACUCUCACCUGUGAGCUUACUAUUAUGCAGAUCAAUAAUUAUUAUCAUCUAUUAUUAUCAUUUAGUGAUUAUUAUUAUUAUUUAUUUUGUAUAGCUUCCUUCAUCUGAAGAUCUCAGGGCAGUUCACAGCAUAAAAAUACAAAAUAAAAACACAAAAUGCAUAAUAAAAACAAGAACAGAAAAUGAACCCAUAAUUCCCCCCUCCCACAAACACAUUUGAAAGGACAUAGAAUGUUAAUCAGCGACAGGCCUGGUUGAAGAGGAAUGUUUUCUUCUUGCCUAAAGAUAUGGUAUGUAAUGAAGGCACCAGGCAAGCCUCUCUGGGGAGAGCAUUCCACAAACAGGGAGCCACCACAGAAAAGGCAGGUUCUCUUGUUGCCUCUCAUGGAGGAGGCGCAGAAAGAAGGGCCUCAGAUGAUGUAUGAACCAAUCUUUGACUAUAUGAAUGUGCAGAUUUCAGAUAUUGAUAUUUAUAAAUCUGUUGCAGUGAUGUGGUUUGCAUGACAUGCUAACCAAACUUUGGCUUAGCAAGACCACAUGAACCUGGGAGCUCCCCAAAAGGAACUUGUAGCUGUUUUGCUGCUUCCUGAUGUUUUACUCAUAGUGUGAAGUCCAACUGAGGCUUGCAGUGAAGCUGUCUCCUCUCUAACCACGAGCCACGGUGUGUUGUGCAAACCAGCUCAGUGACUAAAUAUACAACUUCAUGUUAUCUUAAAAUAAAUGUACCCAGCAGCUAACAGCAAAUGAAAUGGUGCACAUUUUAUCUUCUGUGUGCAUUUGUCUUUUUAAUGCUUUGAAUUUUAGGCUUAAAAUUAAAAUCAGAUAUUUUUAUGACAGCUGCAGCCUAAUUGACGUGAUUGUCUUUCCUUGAAGCCUCGGUUUGUGUUCCUCUUUCCAUUGUGCUCAACUUUAUACUGAAAAAGACAAUGUGAUUGAAGUGAAUCACUCUGAUAAUUAUGUUUGCUGCAUUAACUUUGUGAACUCAUCUUGAAGCCAUCUUGCUAUAAGACUCCUACAAGAGAGCUUUCCACUGUACUUUCCAACGAUUGGAACAAAAUUAAAGAAAGAAAGAAGUGUUUUAGCUUUUAAAAAUGUGUCUGCACAAACCUCUUGAUCUAAUGAUCAUAUGUGGCUCAUUUUGAGUGGGAGACCGCAUAAUUUAGAAGAAUGGUGAAUCAGUAUCACCCACCCUAAUAAUCGACACUGUGGAGACUGCAGUUAUUGCAGUUGGAACUUAUAGUAUGUAAUCAUUGAAAAGUGUGUGUGUGUGUGUGUGUGUGUCCGUGUUUCAAGCUAGUAGGUGGUAGGAAUGAAACAAAGGAAGAGAAAACCUAAUGAAGGUCACCGAUACACAUGUGAGAAGGAAGCUCAGCCUUUGGUUAGAUAGGGGGGAAAGCAUUUUGACAUAUUCCUGUAUAUGAUGUAUAGUAAGAUUCUCCCUUUACCUUGGCAAGAUGGCACUAAGUGAAGCUGAACCGAAAGCUCCCCAAGCAGAACUUUCAGGGUUGAAAUGUUUCAUUGCAUUCCUUACGAUUCCUUACUUUUGCACCUGGCAGCAGCAACAGUUCCUCUUUUUAAACUUACUUUAGCUACUGGUUGUAGGGGCAGCAGCUGAAUGCUCCUGAAAUCAGUGGCCAGCUGAAUGCUCCUGAAAUCAGAGAACUACAUCAUGAAAUAGCAUCGUUCUGUGAAGCAUUCAGGGGUAGGAGCCCCCCCCAUUGCAGUCUCCAUUUUCCCUGUAGAAGCCUCCUCCGAAUGACCCCCUGACAAGCAGCUGCUGCAAACAGCAGCAACAAAUUGUUAAGGGAGUAGGGAGAGAAUGAGAGAUGGAACCACUGCUGCUGUAGCCUGUGAAGGCAGUGAAAGGGCUCCAAGACUUUCCCUGCUAUCCUCCAAAAAAAUGGAUAAAUGAGGUGGCAAAUUCAGGGAAGACAGCCCUCAGCCCUGAUGCAGUUAGCCCAUUCAGAAGGCACUUUCAUCAUGCUCAGCUACGCAUUGUUUUGCAAAUUUUACCCUAUUUUGACAGUUGAUGUGUGAUAUUUCAACGUAAAAGGGAAGCUUUGUUGACUGAAUGCUGCAAUCCUAAACAUAUUUUCCCCAAAUUUACAUUACGUACUGUGGAAUCAAAGUUUUAAUGUUCUCAGCUGGUUCUAGAAAAGCAGGGCCUCAGCAGGGCUAGAGGGGCCUAAUAUGAAAAGGAUCUCAGUUUUCCUUACAUGUCAUGUCAUUUUAAAACUACACUACUGCUUUAGAUUUUUAGCUAGUAUUUUUAGCCCCCAAUGCAACAGUCUUAAUAUGAUUUAAGGUGUUUUGUUAGCCAUUCUGAUGGCCCUUUGUUCAGACCAGACAUGUGGGAUAUAAAUGAUGUUUCUGCACCAACGCCAAGUCUAUUACUAAUGUAUUUUAGUGAAAAGAAGUCAGAGAUGGUGAGCUGAAUCAUGAAAAUUUGUGCGGGUUUUUACAGAUUAGAGGCAUGUUUACUGAUCAUCGUACCCUUGUCUUUUUUGUUGCAGGUGGGAUCCCAUUUGUCCUUACGGGAGAGUUCUUCGCUCAGUCUCAAAGGCCCGCUGCAUUCAUGAUUGCGGGAAUAAUAAAUUGGCUCUGUAACUUUGCUGUUGGACUUCUUUUCCCUUACAUUCAGGUAUGAGCAGUCUUAACAUUAACUCAGCUGUUUGGACUGUUGCCAGAAAUGGAAAGUGCCUUAAUUCUCACCAUAAACCCAAAGACUUUUGGAUAAUGAAUGAAACCAAAUCCAAACCCAUACAAGCUAGCACUGGCUUUCUUUUGUCUGGUUGUUUGUAGCUCCAGCCCUGCGGCUUUUAAAGGCAGCAGGUCUAAAAAGUCUAAAGGAAAGUGAAGAUGCCCUGAACAGAAUGGCUACUCAGAUUCACCGCUGAUUCAGCUCAGCCUCCACAAGGGAGGAUGAUUUAAAUUUACCACAUUUGUAGCUUCUGUAUGUUGCCAAGUAGAGUAAAGGAGGUGGCCAGCCUUUUUCAUUCCUCUCCCAAAUACUGGACACUGUUGUUCAAGUGUUAGUGCUGUUUUUAAAGUGUCUAGUCCUUAUGGCUGCACAGAAUACUCGGAUGUGUGUGACAAAGGACUGGAUCCAAAUUUAGGUUUAAUUGAAAUCAAUAAGGCAAAUUAGACAAAAUAUAAGACCUGCUGGUUUCAGUGAGGAAAAAGUACAAUUAACUCAUUGAGUUAAUGCCCUUAAGGACGUCUUAUGGAUUACUUCAAAUCUGUUCUACUGUUGGACAAUACUGUUAAAUAUACUUCAAAUCAGCUCCUUGAGCUCCACAGCUCCAUGCAUGGCUGCUUCUUGGGAUGGAUGAAGGUGGAUUGUGAUCACCCCACAGAAGGAACACAUGUCAGCAUCAGAUAAGCAGGGCCAACAACAACAACAACAAUUUAUUAUUUAUACCCCGCCCAUCUGGCUGUGUUUUCCCAGCCACUCUGGGCGGCUUCCAACAGAAUAUUAAAAUACAAUAGUCUAUUAAAUAUUAAAAGCUUCCCUAAACAGGGCAAGGGGAGACGACUGCCUCAGGUGGCAGGAUCCAUGGGGGCAGCUGAUCUGGCUUCCAAAGAUUGCAUCACCGGCGUUGGAGGCUGGAUCAGCCUCCUUCCCGAUGCUGUCUCUACAGUGGCCUGUCAGGAAAUAGGAGGUGCUACUGGUCUCUUUCCACCCCUAGGGAGGAAAUGUUGGGGGCUGACCUCCAGGGUCUCCUGGGCCCUUUUCCCUACUGCAACAACCUUUGAUUCCCACUUCAACCAUCACAUAAGGUUGAUUUUAUUCCCCUGCCCUCCGUUCCUGAUAUAGAACUUCGCUCACCGCUUCUUUCCUGGUGGGGGACUCCUUUUGUGGUUUUUCUCCGGCGCCAAAAUGUCUUGGGCCGGUCCUGCGCAUCAGAUACACAUUGUCAUCCCUAUCAGAUAAGGAGGGCAUAAACCCAAGUAGCAUAUCUUAAAUUUGCUGAGAUUAAACCCAGUUAUUAAGAGCAGAGUUUUGACACAAGACAGAAGAAGCACCCAUCCCCGGGUCCUGUUUUUCAAAAGUAAAACAAUUAAAUAUUUUUAUACCUACAUGCAAUUAGGAUUCAUUUUGGCGUGUUGACCCAGCUCUUAUUCAGAAGAGAGAGGAAUUGUAAUAAGUCAGUUUUCCAGAUCUUCUUGGAUCCAUUAACAGUGGAGCUUCUUGCUAACAAUACAUAGGCUCAGCUAGUGAUGAGAUCGAAACUGAUGUGAUGAAUCCUGACAGUACAUUCCAGGGACUCUCAGGUCUCAUGAACUAGUGAAUAUUUACAUUUCUUUGGUAUCCUGCUUAAAGGUGUAUCUGCCCAAGGCAUAAAGGCUCCUUUGAUCCUGAUGCAUGUGGGCAGUGAAGAGAUGGGCUGAGCAUCUAUGAAAAUCAAAGGAUCAGAGUUUAGCAUGAGCUCAUAGUCACAAAUGUAUUUCAGUCUCUUUCUGAAAAUGUGUCAACAUGGUGAGUUUCAGCCCCUCAAACUGGUUACCUGCCAAAACACAGUGUUAAUGGUCAGAUAAAUAAAGGGGCAGUUCACAUCAUUAUGUUCCUGAUGUGAUUGUUGUUUUUUUAAGUCUCCAUAUGCCAACCAGGAGUUAAAUAGGCUCAGUCUCUCAUCAUUAGAUGGCAGCAGGAACCCUGGUUUGUGAGGGCACCUGUUCUAUGGCAUCUGGGUAUCUCUUGGUUAUUGCCUUCCUUCACAAGCGAGUCUUUGAAACUGCAUAGUUUGGUCAGAAGGUGAAGUAAGAGCAAGUGCAAUAAUAAAUAAUAAUAAUAAUAAAUUUUAUUUAUAUCCUGCCCUCCCCAGCCGAAGCCGGGCUCAGGGCGGCUAACAACAAUCAAAUAAUCCAACAUUCUAAAAACAUUUCAUUAUAAAAAUUAAUUAAAAUCAAAUUGAUGGCAACUGUUAAGCAAGAUUCUGUGCAGAUUGCCAGAGGAGGGAGUCAGGCUGCGCCCUGACCAAAGGCCUGGUGGAACAGCUCUGUCCUGCAGGCCCUGCGGAAAGAUGUCAGGUCCCGCAGGGCCCUAGUCUCUUGUGACAGAGCGUUCCACCAGGUUGGAGCAGCAGCCGAGAAAGCCCUGGCUCUAGUUGAGGCCAGCCUACCCUCUCUGUGGCCUGGGACCUUCAGGAUGUUUUUAUUUGCAGACCAUAGGUUCCUCUGUGGGACAUACCAGGAGAGGCGGUCCCGUAGGUACGGGGGUCCUAAGCCGUAUAGGGCUUUAAAGCAAUGCAAAAAUAUACAGUCCAUUAAAUAGACACAUUAACAUUUCUGCUUAUUCUUUUUGUAUAAGCUGCAGAAGCGCAGGAUAUACAUGCUAAAUAACAAAUAGCGUGGUUUUUGCAUUGUUUUUAUAAUUCAGCAUUAUUAUUGAUCUGUCUCCAAGCACUAACAGCUUGCUUCACACCUCAUUUUCUGCACACGUUUUCUUCUCUUGUCUACCGCAGGAUUUCUUUAUUGAGAUCUUUUAUUUCCCUGAAAGUGAAGCAGUGCAUUUGAAUGUGUUUCUCUUCCCCUUUUUGCCAUGUAGACAGUGCUGGAUUGCCCAGUAACAGCACAUGCUUAGGGCGCCAGCAAAGCAGCGGCACCAAAAAAUUGAGGAGAUUGUUUUUGACAUAAUUUUAUUUUUCAUUUUCAAAAAAUGCAUCAAACUAAUCCUCAUGGGCAAAAAACAGAACUUAGACUUUCUUACACUCUGCUACGUAAUUUUAUUUUCUGGUUUAGUAUUGUUUUAUGUUUAAUUUUAUAUGGGGACACCAUCAUAUUUUCAGCACUUAGGGUCUCUAAAGGUCUGGCCCUGCAAAUUAUAGUCCAUAGCAAAUGGAACACCAUCCAGGCAUGAGUAAUAAGGCGCCUUUUGCACCAGAUGCUCACUGCUGAAAUCUGCUAUUUUAAAAAGUGGAUGAAUUUUGUUUUAAAGAUUACUUUCAUUUUGCAAAAAGGAAGUAGAUUAUCCACUCCCCCCCUGUGAAUUAUGAAAAGAAUGCAAGGAGCCUCCAAGGAUCUUUGCUACAUUUGGUCAGUGUCCUAAAAGUUUGUAAUUCCAUAAACUUGCGAAAGUAGCACUGCCAGUGUGAUUGUAUUUUGCCGCGAAGUCUUAUGCUUCAGAAGCAAGUCCUACUCUUUUCAAGGGAUUGCUGCCUUAAUUAAUGUAGUUCCUUGCUCGUUGCUGUAUUUCAGCAUGAGUAGAACAUUCUGUCAGCUGUAGUGUGGAACAUUUUGAGGAUGACAAAUCUGGUUACAGAGACGGAACAUCUCCCUUGCCAACGCUUUAUAAAUUGCCCUCUCCCUAGUUCCUACCAUCACCACACAAUUGGACAGUGGUUCUAAGAGUGUCAGAUGCAGAUGCUCUCUAGGGAAUUUCAGGAAGGACUUCCCCCAAUGCAUUAAUGGACCAGGACUCCCUUUCCUUCGGGGGGGAGGACCAGGAGUCCUGUUCCUUCAAUCUCACACAGUCAGCGUGAUGCAGAAAUGUAGGAGUGCUGUAUACCACAUAGUGGUGGGAUAAACUGGGUAACUCUUUGACUUUCUGUGUCAGCUACAUCUGCACUACUUAUAGACAGGCUUAAAAUGCACACUCACAGCAGCAACUUCAACACCUGCACAAAUCUACCUAAAAUCAGGCCCCUGAGGCAGCCAAUAACAUAAAAUUGCCAGCAGAGGGUUGUAUCCGUCACUGCCAUUGUUGGAGUGGGACAGACUUUCAUUCAUGUGAUGGGACGUCUUUCUCUCAUUGUCGACCCCCUCCUCCUCUGUGUGCACCUUCAAAAUCUGCUCCAGUGGGUUGGGGCAUCCUCCAGAACAGAUUUUUUUGGGGGGCGGGACACUGCAAGAAAAGGACAGGGAGGGAGACAUUUCAUUUCGUGAGUGGAAUCUCGCUUGUUAUUAUCAUCAUCAUUUAUUUAUUUAUUUAUUUUAUAUACUGCCCUUGAUCCAAGGAUCACAGGGCAGUUUACAGUAUAAAAUUAACACAGAAAUACGUAGCAUAAUAACAAACAAUAACAAUAACCCCACCACCACACACAUAAAAGGCCGUUGCUUAAUUAGCCAAAGGCCUGGGAGAAGAGGAGUGCAUUUGCCGGUGCCUGGCGAGCCUCUAUGGGGUGAGCAUCCCUCAAGUGGGGAGCCACUGCAGAAAAGGCCCGUUCUUGAGUUGCCACUCUCUGGACCUCUUGCAGAGGAGGCACACAAAGAAGGGCCUCAGAUGAUGAUCACAGGAUCCAUAUGGGCAGAGGCGGUCCUGGAGGUAUUGUGGUCCUGAAUUGUUAAGGCUUUAUAGGUGAAAACCAGCACUGUGAACUGGGCCUGGAAACUAAUUGGCAGUCAGUGCAAUUGGACCAGGAUCGGUGUCAUAUGCUCAAACCGUCUUGCCCCAGUGAGCUACCUGGCACUGCGCAGCAUUGGAUACAACCUAAGAUAAUAAAAAGCUGACAUGACCUCACAUUGUUCCAGGGCAUUGUGGGGAUUUUUGAAAUGUCAGCUGGCAGCAUGAAGGAUCAGGAGGGCACUGGUAAUUUUCACACACAUCCCAAAUGUUACUUCACCCCCAAAAUAAUUGAAGUUUCCCCCCUUAGCCACUGCUAAAUAGGGUGGCAAAACUGGAAUAUUUCCCUGCAGCUGUGCAUCUCAUAAGUGGAAGGCAGCUGUGAUUUGUUGUGGCACCCUGUUGGCUGUUAACUCAGUGGCAAACCUUAGUGUGCCCCAGAAUAUUCUACGAUUGCCCUUGCUUGAAGCCUUGCCUGGUUGGUUCCUUCAUAAUUGAAUUAUUCAUGUUUUAAAAGAGCAUGGCUUGUACCAGUCAGUGGUUGAUAAUAACGACAGCUAUUUCAAACUAGUUGCAUUAAUUACCUUUUAGUUCACUCCUGGGUGGUUUUCUAUAGGUCUUGUUGCUAAGAGCCUCAUGGCUUUUGACAGGACUCUGUUUCUAAAAUGAGAGGAAGCUGGGGCUGAAGCUUUUCUAGAGUCGAGGUCUCUGCGCUACAAGCUCUAAUCUCAGACUUGAGGUGCAGGGGUGGCUCCUUGUUAAUUAAAAAAGGAAGUGCUCUUUUAUUUAUAUUGUACCCCUCACAUGUUCUCAAAAUGAUUUCUGUUUGUGGUUUUUGCACUAUUAGUAAUGCUGGUGGGGUGUCCGUUUUGCUUUGUUUUUUCAGAAAGGCUUGCAGACAUACUGUUUCCUGGUGUUUGCUGUCGCCUGUCUUGCUGGUGCCACUUUCCUUUUCUUUGUUCUGCCUGAAACAAAAAACAAGACUCUUGCUGAAAUCAACCAGGCAUUUGCCAGGAAGAAGGUGCCUUUAGAAAUCCGUGAAAUGGACCAGUUUGAAGCCAAGAGCAAAUCAAUGCAAGAACAAGAACACAACUUGUCUUCUACCCUGGAAAAUGGAGAAUCCAAAAACAGGAUAGUCUAAAAUUAUUUUUAAUAGGAAUAUUUUUGCAUCUUAUGUAUUGUUAACCACAAUCAUUCCUUCAGCCUGGACAAUUUUUUGAUCUCAAUGUGGUCAUAACCAGGGUUGAUCUGUGGUACAGGAGAUGGCAAAGUAUAAUUCAAAAUUAACAGAAGGAAAUAAUGGAGAGGAGGGUUGCUCAAGGAAGUGAAACUGGUCAUUGAUUCGUUUAAAUGUAUGCAAAUUCAAAACGGAUAAUUAUUUUCUGAGGCAGAGGGUGGUGAGUGGGAAGCAGUUGGUCAAAGGGCACAUCAGCAUUUCCAAUUGGCUGCAGUUUCGGACCUUCCAUGCGUAUCAGCGAUAGGAGGCUGGGUCCAUCAUUCUUGCUCCAGGCUCCAGGCUCUGGAGUUUGCCACAGGGGGCCCUUUUAGGAAUCACUCACCACUCUGCUUCCUUGCUGCUGAUACUGUCCGCUGGACCUGGCCACUUACUUGCCACUUCUGGGGCGAGAAGCCUUUGAAUGUUUCCUGGUAAUAUAUCCAGUGUCCCCUCAAAAUCUGAAGGAGCAGAAUCUGCUGUAGUGGAAGCUUCAAAGGCACUAGACAAGGAUUAAUUUGAUCUAUGAGAACUGGCUGCCUGGCUACUGGGGGCUGGUAGCUGCAGCCAGUAGCUUCCUGCUGCCUCUCUAUAGUGUGGAGCUGCGUGUUCUGUGGGGAGAUCAGCUACUCUGAAAGUAAUUCCCAAAGAAGUCCUGUAGAUGCAAAGUUACUUUGGUGCUUCCAUUAAGGGAAAAGUGGCAUUUUCCAUGUUGAUGGUAUACAAUCUGAUCAACAGCUGCUCACCUCUUUGAUUGAGCUUGUAGUCGUGUUCAAGGAAGAACUGUUAAACAGGUGACUUUAUAUGCACUGUGCAUGCUAAGGAUUUCUUGGACUCUUACACCCAAGUUCAUGUUUAAGGAAUUAUUUGAAUCUCAGGUUUUUUACCACCUGCUUAAUCCGUGUCAUUUCCUACUUUUAAACGAAAUCAGGGCCCCACUCUGCUUUUGUGGGCUAUUUUUAUUCAAGCCAGAUUAGAACUUUUAGUGUAUCAGAAUAGUUUUCAUGAAGUGCAGCUGUUUUGUAAAUAAAACCAACUGAAUCUGUAUAUAUUUUGAAAUCUAACCAACAAUGUAUAGCGUGUGCACUUAUCUUCAGCCUGAGCCAGUCCAGGUUUAAUCAUGUAAAUAGUUCAUGAUUGCGGUGUAUCUGAUUUAGGCUUUGUGAAUUUCUCAGAUCAUAUAUUAAGCUUGAUAACAGACACAAGAUCUAAGAAGCCCAGCAUUUCAGAAGAAAGGUGCCACAAUAGGUGCCUUGUCUAGAUGAAAGGUGUGUCCCUAGCCUGAAAUAGCAUUGCCAAGGAAGUGGUUUGUAUAUGAGAGAGAAAGACUUCUGAUUUUUUUUACGUUCAAUUGUAUUGUUGUCUUCCUUUGAAUCAUAUUGAUAUAAAACUAGGAUGAUGGUAGUAGAUUCAUCCUGUUUGAAAAGUACUGCUGAUUGGAGAUGGAACUUCAUUCCAUCCAUCUAUGGUUGUUUUUCGAGUGUGUGUGUUGUCAGUGCUGGGCUUGUUCGUUUACUGGGACCUGGUAUGCCUUGAGCCUUGAGAGUUCAAAACAGCCCCAGCGUGACUAGGUUGGGGCCUUGAUUAGAAAUGUGUGUCCAAUAUAUUAAGAUACCUGGAUCCAUUUAAGGCCACUGGGGUAAUUAGGUUUUGUAAUACAGCAAUUCUAUUGAGGGGUAAGAUCAAUGGUAAAAAUAACUUAUCUGGGUAAUAGAUAAGCCUCCGUUGAAACCAGUGUGUAGCAUCCUUUUCAGUUCCCUAAAGACUAACAGACCUGUUCUCCCAAGAGAAGUGGAGCUGGCAGGUAAGGGCUUGCAGCAGAUCCUUCAAUUUCCCAAAGCUUUGGGCAGCUGCCCAACUUUUAAUGGGUGUUGGUGCUGUGCUGGCCUUGCCAACUUCAGCAUCAGUUACCAACAUUAGAUGAUUCCCUUACCAGACUCAACUGGCAGUCUUGUACUGGGUAUGCUGGUGGUCCGUGGAAAGCCAUUUUUUCCUCCAGGUCAAAUUAAUUGUUUUGUUUCCCCAUAGUUGUGGGGAAGCUAGAUUAAAGCAAGGUGCCAUACCUUGUCAAACUCUGUACUUCCCUGUGAAUGCUCCCUCCCCACAUAUUGCCCUAGAGUUGACCAAGUAGGUACCAGGCGGCAGUCUAGAUAAUUAAGGGGGGGGGAGGAGAAGAAGAGUUUGGACUUGAUAUCCCGCUUUUUCACUACCCUAGGGAGUCUCAAAGUGGCUAACAACCUCCUUUCCCUUCCUCCCCCACAACAAACACUCUGUGAGGUGAGUGAGGCUGAGAGACUUCAGAGAAGUGUGACUAGCCCAAGGUCACCCAGCAAGAGUUUCACAGGCUCCCAAUAAUAAUCAUUGUUACUCAUUUUGCUACACAUUUCAGCUAUGUUCAAUUUUUGGGUAUGCUGGAAAUACCCAAUAUCUAUAAAGAACCUUCUAAGGUCUCAUCCUGUUCCUGUGGAGUAGGCAGCCUGCAGCUUUACUUGGUUUUACUCUUUUGCUGACGUAACUUCAACAAAAAGGGACGAAUGCGUUGUGGGUAUUCUUGUCGGGUGUGCUUAAUAGACCACAAUGGAACCAAUGAAUGUUUGUUUUUUAUGUUCGGUUAUCUUUCGCAAAAUUCUGAAAGGCUACAGUCCUACAUCUCUGCUUACAUGUAAGUAAGCACCAUUUCACUCAGUAAGACUUGCAUUUUGAGCAGAUGGGAUUCUGCCCGUUCAGGUUUUUGAUUUUUCUGUUCCUUAGCUUCCAGGCUACUCAGGAGCCAACUAAAACCGUAGCACUGGAGCCCAAAAAUGAUUGGGUCAAUAUUUUUAUUUGAUCAAUAUUACAUGUGUGAUUCAGGUUAUUUAUAUGACUGUAAUCCAGAAAACAUUAAAGUAUAGCUGCUAAUUUUCACUUGUAUGGUGCAUGUUUUCUCCUGUUUUUGUUUUUCCUUUUUCCUUUGACACACCUUUAAAUUAUUUCCAUUCUGUUUUGGAGGAAAAAACAGCAAGGCAUUUAGUGACACUUUAAAAGACUCUGCAGUUGUGAAAGCUCAUUGUGCAUUCUUUGCAUGCAUCCAGACUAUGGCUGAAUUGCCAGUGUUUUGUACUUCCUACAUUUCAUUUGUCUUCGACUUCAUGUCUUACCGUCCUUCACCCCAUCCUGGUGUGUGUGCAUGUGUGUUUAUAUGCACACAGCUGCAGAUAACACUUGACACACCCAAUGAAGCAGAUUCUGGCCCACAAAGGCUCAUGCCAUAAUAAAUUUGUUUCUGUUCUUAUAU